AGGAGAGAGAAGGGGCGUCACCAUCUGUUCUUAAUUCCCUGGCCAUUGGAUUAGUAGCCUUCGGUGAUGAGAUCAGCAGGAUCAGCUUUCAGGAUGGGGCACCGGCCUGGCUUCAGCGGCAGGCUCUUCCCAUCUGGGCUGUCUGUGUCAUGAAGGAGGGAGGAGGAGAGGGAGGAGGAGGAGGAGGGGGCAGAGGAGAAAGCGGAGGCACAAAAGCGACGGCAGCCUUUGAAGGAGCAGCCGCGAGGCGGGCGGGCGGGCCGGAGAAGCACCAGGACCGGCUCGCUCCCAGGCCACUCUUCCUUCUGGGGAAGAGUUUCCAGCGGGGAGUUUCCUGUCUGCGCCUCUGUCGUCUCCGGCGGGUGCGUGGAGCGCGGGAAGCGGGGCCUUGGCGCGAGUCGCCUCCAACUUCUCUCCAAAGUCUCCGCAGCCCCCCCCCCCGCUUUUUAGGGGGUGGUGCGCGGAAUAUUAACCUGCCUGGAUCCGUCUGGUGCCUCCGCCACUUUUCAGGGAAAUGCUCUCGGAAAGUCCCAAGAAGAUCUCGUGCUGUUGUUGUCUGUUGCCUUCCUAGAGGCUCGCGCGCUCUCCUCUCCUCUCCACCAGCAUUCCUGGAUUUUGUCUCGAACAUCCGAAAAGACAAGAGAGAGAGAGGGAAAAGUAAUAACCCGGGAUCCAGCCAGAGAUGCUUUUCUGGUCCCUUGGAGGUAAGUUUUCGGAAGAGGGGCCGCUCCCCGAGGCUGCUUUACGCACAGCCAGACUCCAAAAUAGCCACGGCUCUGUUCAGCUCCAGUUAGUUACAAGGGGUGAUGCUGGAACAAGAAAAGGCUCGUUUUUGAGACUCGGGAGCGAAAGGCUAAGGGAGCAGUUCAGAACUUUUCCAGCCCUUGCUUUGGCGUAUGUGAUCAUAGCCAACGCUGGCCAUGCUCAAGAGUAAACUCAUUGAAAUCAAUGGAUUUAAACGUGCCCAUUGAUUUCAGUGGAUCUGCUUUGCGAAUGACUAGCGUAGGCUAUUUUUUCCCAUUAAAAAAAUCUUUGGUCUGUCCAGUCUUGUAGCAGCGAGCUAAGCAAACGGUUUUUCGGAUAAAUAAGCGCCUUAUUGUCCCUGGCCAAGUGGUUUGUGACAGGCAGUCGCUGAAGGUUUUGUUAGCAACUUCUCAAACGAGCGAUUGUGAAAGAGUCCUGAGCGAGAUCUGUGCAGUUGUCCUUAGCAAAAGUGAGGCAGGAGUUUUUCUCUCACGAAUCAAAGCUAAGCUUGCUCUUUUUUUCUGGCGGGAGCGGGGUGGGGAGGGGAAGGGUGACUUUUUAGAUUUGUAGGAACUGGAGGGUUCUGAAAGGCAUCAGUUCUGCUCAUGCCUUUCCCAGAGAUGUUCUGCAGAAUUGCUGAAAUUCCAUUCAGAACGCCUCACAUCUCAUGCUAUAUUGUGUGAGGUUUCACAUAAGACCCCUAUUGAAUUUCUCAGACACCAAAUCUCAUUCAUUCUAGAAAAAGGAAGAGGGUGGUGGUGGUGGUGGGGAAACAGAAUAAUAUUCUGAUUUUAGUACCUGUACCUUUAGGAUAGCAAAUAAUUUUUUUGUGGGGGGCUGUGAGAGAGAGAGAAAUAUCCCACCUGAAAAGUUCUUUGUCCACAGAUGAGCAACUGUUUUAAUCUCCCAUUUGAUUACAAGCUGCAAUCCUUAGCGCCAAUCAGCCUAGGCUCCCCCCUCCCUCCCUUUAAACAGUGCUUGCCUGCCCUCGGUGACAGAAUCCAUUCAUAACGAGAUAACACUGCAUUGUGAAAUGACUUAUCCGGAGAGAAGAGACUGGCUGCUCCCAAAGGACUAUUUUUCAGCCUUGCAACUGUUUUCAUCUUUGUGUGUGUAUGUGUGUGGAGGGGUAAUAGAUCUUCGUAGCUCAGACAGCCUGUAGCUUGUGAUGCAAUUUCGUUUAUUUACUUUUUGCUAAUGGCAGCAGGAAGUUGUGUGAGUAUACACUGAGGGGGAGAGGAUUGCUGCUGGUCAACGUAAUUGUCAUGGCUUUCAUGAGAAAUAGGCUUGUGGGGUUUAAAAUGCAAGAAUGGAAGCCAUUCUUCCAUUUGUGCCUGCCAGUGUCUCGUUGUUUGACCUAGGGCAACCUCUCUUUGCUCAGUUUCACCACUUGCACUUAGGGGAAAAAUAAUACUCCUCCCCUCCUCUCGCAAGAGCACUGAGGCUUAAUUUAUUAAUGCAUGUGAGGCACUCUGACUUUCUCUGACACUGCUGAGGAGGGACAACAGUGGAUGGACUAGGAGCUGUGAAACGAAAAACCACAGCCCUGCAUUAACUGUUUAUGGGAAACAAUGGACUCGGGAGUGGUUGCCUGUGCUCUCCCUGGACAAUUGCUCCCAAUGAAUCUCAUUAUUUAAUAGUUUCUUGCUGCUUGGGAUAAUAAUAGGUCUCCUACAUGAAUCCUGGUGAGAUUGUUUGCAUAGCAAUGUAAAGUUGAAGAUAAUUACAGAACAUCUCUGUUGCUUGGGGCGCAUGCAUAAUUUCCAGAUAAGCAGCAGCCUUAAUAUCUUACAAGUAAGUGGAUACCAAAUUACAUGCAAAAGGGCACAGGUUCUGGAUAAUUGCAGUGUAGAUAAUGGGUAUUUGGGUGGAUGAGGAGGUGAGUAGUUUAGACUUCAGAGGAAAGUAUUAAAAUGCAGGUUUUGGUUUACCUUAAAAGAAAUAUCAUCUUGUAGCAUAAUGCUUACUGAGUGAAAACUGUGUCCUGCUGGUCCAUGGCAUUCCUUAUUAACUCUGCAGACUUCUUGUGGCACAGGGGCAGUGUGAGCUUGGUGUAAUGGAUUUUCCAUGUUCAAGAGCAGGCGACUAUUUCUGUCUCCUUUUCUUCCCUAGAUACUGUUUUGUCCCAUUUUGUGUAGGUCAGUGUCUAACUCCCUUUGUGUCCUGUUUUUGCUGGUGUUUCAUCUGCUGGAUUUGUUAUUCUUUAGAGGAGCAAGAGUUAAUUCUCCUGUUCAUGGCCUGUCUCAAUAUUAAAGCACUUUUACCCCACUUACAUCCCUGACCUGUAAGGUUGCAAUUGACAGCCACAAUAGGUUCACCACCUGUCUAAGCUGAUCUGGGAUUUAUCUUUGAUGUUCAUGGGCAGUGAUGUAGGUUUUCCAGAAACUUCUGAAUUGGGAUUCUUUGCCAGCAGGAAUGUUUGGAAAAUGUUCCCAUGCACAUUAGGGUCAUUUGUACUGGGAAUCUUUCAGAUUGCACUGGAAAAUUUUCUGAUAUCAUAGAGGUUGGGGGAGAGGAAUCUAUGACCCUAGAUGUUGUUGUACUUCAACUCCCAUCAUCCCUAGCUAGGAGGGCUAAUGCUCAGGAAUGUUGGGAGUUGUAGUCCAGCAACAUCUGGAGGGCUAUGCCCUAAAGCAGGCAUGGCCAAACUUCGCCCUCCAGCUGUUUGGGGACUUCAGCUCCCAUCAUCCCUAGUUAACAGGACUAGUGGUCAGGGAUGAUGGGAACUGUAGUCCCAAAACAGCUGGAGGACCGAGUUUGGCCAUGCCUGCCCUAAAGAGUGACCUAAUUUAACAACUUUAUUUUACUUGUCUUUUGUAAACAAACCUAAAAACUUGCAAACUGUUGAGCUUGCCUAAUAAGCUGUUUGCAGUUGGUACCUAUUACCGGUAAUUGUUACUGUCCUUUCUCUUUUGGCUUUGAAAAAGUAGGCGUGCUUGCAUGUUACAUUCAACAAGUGUACAGCCUAUGUACCUGUUUACACAGUUGAACUGAAUGUAUAUUACAUGUACAUAGUCACAUGUAAUAUUCAAUGAAUGUAUAGUCUGUGUACCUGUAUUGUUCACACAAAUGCUUGUGUUUAGAGACAACAUGUACCUGGGAUCAGUGUCAACAUGUGAACACUACAGAGUUGCCACCAGCUAAUUUUGCUGUUCUUCUGACAUUCCUUAUUUGCAAUCUUCGUUCAUGACAGACACAUCACUUUAGCACAACUCCUAAGCUGUACUGUACAUUUCAUUAUGAAAGAUGAUGGUAAGAUCCCCCAGCUUCCACUCAACUUCUGAGGAGAAAAUGCUUUUCAUGUGUUUGAAGUGAGGAGGGAGUAUAGCUGGUGUUGCAUUGGCUUAAGUUGGAAUUCUCUGAUACUGUGGAACUUGCAAAUCCAGGCCUUAGGCCAGCAGAGCAUAGAAUUAGCAGUGGCUGCUGUUCCAUGGGGAUCUAUGGCCUCAUUUUGUAAUCAAGAGGCAAACCUUAUUUCAUUAUGAUUAUUGGACAGGAACAAGGCCGCAAUGUAUUUAAUACAAGGGCUGCAAAAAUGAAGGAUGUCAGUAUACAGCAAGCAAUUCGAUUAUCUGAAUCAGCCUUCCCCAACCUGGUACUUUGCAGAUGCUAGCUGGGGUUGAUGGGUGUUGUUGUCAAAAACACCUAGAGGACUCCAGGUUAGAAGUUGAAGAUGACAUGGCUUAUUGGCAUUUAAAGCAGCUGAGAUGUUGAGUUUGCACAUUCUUCAUGCCAGCUUUGGCUCCUGUGAAUUUAACUUUAAAGGUGCCCUUUUGGAUACAUCUUGGCAGCAGCAUUUGCCAGCUAGGUCUCUCCCCCACUGCUCCCUCUGCCCUGCAGUCCUGGCUUAACCAGUCCAGACAACCGCUUGUCAUCUCUUGUUUCUUGGGCACACAUGCUUUUCUCAUUGUUUGCUGGCAUGGGAUUAUUCCAGCACAAACCAUCUGCUCCAAGGAUGUGUGGCCAAUACUUUGCUUGUUGUCUGCCACCCUCUUUGUGUCUAUGACUUGCAUUUUCAAUUACUCUUAUGUGCCUGCAGAAGUCAAUCACCAUCUGCUUGUCCUUUCAUGAGUCUCUAUUUUCCUCAAAUCUUGAUGUGUGUCCUAACUUCAAUGUUUCGUUUUCCUCUUUGAUGCAACAACUGUGCAUUUUCAGCUUUUGCUAUACUAUUAGUGUAGCGUGGGGGUAGAGUUUAGAGUUCAGCAUGUUCCACUUGUUUUUGCUCCCAUUUUAGUGUUCUCAUUCACCUUCCCCCCCUCCUUCAUUGAAUUUACAUUCAAUCUAUUCUGCCCCUUGCCCUCUGAUCUUCCAUGUUUUAUUGUUUUUAGAAUCAUGCCAUGUUAGGUUACCUUUUAAAGAAGUUUCCCCCUUUUCUGCAUUACCUGGGAAAAAUUCUAACUGAACGCAAUGGGAUUUACUUCUGAGUAGACAUGUAUAGGGUUACACUGAGUAGAAACCACACUGUCCUUUUCCCCUAAGACGUGGUGUGUGUUUGCUGGAAGAAAGACAUUGUACUAAUACUUGUUUAAAAUGUUUGUUGGUAGAGCUGUUGAUGGUAGGGAAGAUUGUCUGAAAGGUUACUAGAAGGGUAGUUUACCAUAAAGACAUUUGAUGUUUUUUUCAAGAAUGUAAGUGUAAGUUAAAAGUCUAGGACAAUAUCUCAUGGUGGGUACAAGCUAGCCAAUAAUUAUCUGGCUGGGCCCAAGGAAUUGUUAAUGCCUUGUGGGAGAAGAUUGUGUCAAAGGCUUUGAAAGAGGUGAUGCCAUGACCCCUUCUGAAGAGGCCCUCCAUGGACCUUGAGAUAUUGGACAGCCUCCACCUUGUAGAUUAUUUUUCUGGGCAAAGUAAUCCAGAGUGUGGUAGCCAGGUAACUGCAGGCACAUCUGGAUAAAGUGAAUUAUCUUGACCCAUUUCAAUCUGACCUCUGGCCCAGUUUCAGCUUUGGUUGCCCUCUGUGAUGACCUUUAUCAGACAGAAAAAAUACUAGCCCUUUGAUUCUCCUCGACCUCUUGGCAGCUUUGAUACCAUGGGCCAUGACAUCUUCCUGAAGUAAUUCGAAGGAUUGAUGGCACAGUGUUAUGGUGCUUCAAUAAAGAGAAUUCCUAGCAGAGAGUAGCACUGAAGGACUCGCCCCAUAGCUUUUGUGCUUAGGGUGCCACAGGAUUCCAUUUAUGAGGAUUUGAAGUGUGAAAGCCAAUGAUACUCAGCUAGCCAUUCCUUCUGACUCAGGAGAAUCUGUAGAUGUGCUGGAUCUAGCCUGGGGUUGUUGACAGGCUAGAUGAGGGUCUGUAAACUAUGACUUCAUCCUGAUAAGACAGAGAGACACUGUAUAAGCAGUUCUCAUUUCUGGAGAUUGGGGAGACAGCCGCCUCUGGGAAAGAGCAGAGUGGGAUAGAGACUUUUACCCAAAGGGGUUUGUGUAUUUUGUUUGUUUGUUAUCAGUGUUUUGUGUCAACAUUAUUUUAGCAACUUCAGAGAAACAGGUUCCUGACUUAGGUACUGGGUUGCUGAUAGUAGUAAGUAGUGAAGCCUGCCAGGCAGAGUUUUCCUUUGCUUAUCUUAAGUAGAUAGCAGAAUGAUAUACAACACAUAAUUCCUUUUUUUUUUUUAAGUGGAGCAAUAAGAGUGGAGAGCAAUAUGAAGGUUGUUUUCCCCAGUAUUGUAAAAGCUGACUUCAGAUGACACAUUGUGCAAAGAGGAUUGUCUGCCAGCUGAACAGACUCUGGAACACUGCUUGGCAGGAAACCAAAGAAUGACACUGCAUUUACAGCAAUCCUCUUUUAUAACCAGUUCAAAUAGGGGCUUCAUUCAGAAUGAGGCACUGGAUUGAAUUCUGGGUACAUCGGGCAAUCAGGAGGCAAGGGCAAUUUAGUGUGUGGCAGGUCACACACUUACUACGAUUUCAAUUCGGAAUACAGAACUCUUUGCUCUUUCUUUACUGUAUUUUCCCAUUCCAUCCCUAUCACAGUUGAAAAGGCAUCUCUUAGUAGAUGAGAGGCAUAAUAUAGCCUUCAACUUUGCAGUUCAGUCUGACAGCAAUCUCUUUGUUGUGGAUUUUUGCAAAGUCUAAAUUGCAGUAUGCUUAGACGGGACACCCAGAGUUAUUUAGUUUUCAAUUUGAUGCUGUUGUGAAUUCAUUCAAAGCAUUAUUUAUCACUAAAAACCUGGCAAUAUCCACUGUCAAGGAGUGGCUAACCUGUAUAGGAUAGCAGCCAAGUGUCUUGGGUGUAAGGUGACAGUGUUUUAUGCCACUGCAAGGUAUCUGGGUGAUGCAGAUGAACUGUGCAAAAGAUUGAAAUAAAUUUAAAAAAUGUCCAGUAGCACCUUGGAGACCAACUAGGUUUGUUCUGGGAAUAAGCUUUCGUGUGCAUGCACACUUCUUCAGAUAGGUAGACCAACACAGCUACCUACCUGAAUGGUAGGAUCACAGAGCUAACAUCCUUAGCUCUGUGAAUGGAGAAGUAGAAAGGACAGUGCUGGUCAUGCAAUGAUUUUGCAAAGUUUUUUUGCAGAUAAAAUCGCUCAGAUUCGGGAAGAAGUAGACUCCACUGUGGGAGCAGGGCCGGGGCGGGAGAGUGCUAGAGUUUUGUCUAGUCAAGUUGUGUGGGAUCAAUUCCAAUCUGUUACCUCCGAGGAUGUGGACAGGCUGCUUGGACGAGUGUAACCAACCACCUGUCUCCUGGAUCCUUGCCCAUCCUGGCUUAUAAAAGCUAGCCGGGAAGGACUGGGUGAUGGGCUUCAUGGGGUGUUGAAUGCUUCCCUCCGUGAGGGAGCCUUCCCAGAUCCGCUGAAAGAGGCGGUUAUUAAACCGCUUCUUAAAAAACCAUCUUUAGAUGCGGCCACAAUGGCCAACUAUUGCCCAGUCUCAAAUCUUCCAUUCUUGGGCAAGGUGAUUGAGCGAGUGGUUGCUGAACAACUCCAGGCACGCCUGGAAGAAGCGGACCAUUUGGAUCCCUUCCAGUCAGGCUUCAGGCCUCAUCAUGGCACUGAAACUGCCUUGGUCGCACUGGUUGAUGAUCUCCGGUGGGCUAGGGACAAAGGUGAGAGCUGUUUCCCAGUUCUCUUGGAUCUCUCAGCGGCGUUUGAUACCAUCGACCAUAACAUCCUUCUGGACCGUCUUGAGGGGCUGGGAGCUGGGGGCACUGUCAUACAGUGGUUCCGCUCCUUCCUCCUGGGCCAUGUUCAGAAAGUGGUGGGGGGGAUGAGUGUUCAGACCCCUGGGCUCUCACUUGUGGGGUGCCUCAGUGUUCUGUCCUCUCCCCCAUGCUUUUCAACAUUUACAUGCAACUGCUGGGAGAGAUCAUCAGGAGGUUUGGGCUGGGUGUUCAUCAGUAUGCGGAUGAUACCCAGCUCUACCUCUCUUUUAAAUCAGAACCAGUGAAGGCGGUGAAGGUCCUGUGUGAGUGUCUGGAGGCGGUUGGAGGAUGGAUGGCGGCUAACAGAUUGAGGUUGAAUCCCAACAAGACAGAAGUACUGUUUUGGGGGGGCAGGUGUGGAGGAUUCCCUGGUCCUGAAUGGGGUAACUGUGCCCCUGAAGGACCAGGUGCGCAGCCUGGGAGUCAUUUUGGACUCACAGCUGUCCAUGGAGGCACAGGUCAAAUCUGUGUUCAGGGCAGCUGUUUACCAGUUCCAUCUGGUACGUAGGCUGAGACCCUAUCUGCCUGUGGACUGUCUCACCAGAGUGGUGCAUGCUCUGGUUAUCUCCCGCUUGGACUACUGCAAUGCGCUCUACAUGGGGCUACCUUUGAAGGUGACCCGGAAACUAGAACAAAUCUGGAAUGUGGCAGCUAGACUGGUGACUGGGAGCAGCUGCCGAGACCAUAUAACACCGGUCUUGAAAGACCUACAUUGGCUCCCAGUACGUUUCCGAGCACAAUUCAAAGUGUUGGUGCUGACCUUUAAAGCCCUAAACGGCCUCGGUCCAGUAUACCUGAAGGAGCGUCUCCACCCCCAUCGUUCUGCCCGGACGCUGAGGUCCAGCGCCGAGGGCCUUCUGGCGGUUCCCUCAUUGCAAGAAGCAAAGCUACAGGGAACCAGGCAGAGGGCCUUCUCGGUAGUGGCGCCCACCCUGUGGAACGCCCUUCUAGCAGAUGUCAAAACAAUGAACAACUACCUGACAUUCAGAAGACAUCUUAAGGCAGUCCUGUUCAGGGAAGUUUUUAACGCGUGAUAUUUUAGUGUAUUUUUGGUUUCUAUGGAAGCCGCCCAGAGUGGCUGGGGAGGCCCGGCCAGAUGAGUGGGGUAUAAAUAAUAAAUUAUUAUUAUUAUUAUUAUUAUUAUUAUUAUUAUUAUUUGCACAAAGCCAGCAUUGCAACUCCAUCUUCAAAAGCAGGCAGCCCUCUAGAUGUUUUGGGACUACAACUCCCCAUCAUCCCUAGCUAAUGGGCCCAGUGGUCAGGGAUGAUGGGAAUUGUAGUCUCAAAACAUCUGGAGGGCCAAGUUUGCCUAUGCCUGUGCAAAAGAGUGCACUGCAAAACCAUGAUUUUUAACUGAAACCACGUCCACACAAUAGACACCUUCUCUUUGUCUCUCUUUGUCUCUCUCACUCUUCAGAAAUACCCUCCUCCCCUUAGAAAACUCCAACAAACAGACUAUCAUGACCCUGAGUAUACACAUCUCUCCUUUGUCAAAGCAUGGAAUAAAGUUCUCAAAACACAAGGGAUGAGAAUACAAAUGGGAAGCACAGAGAGGAUUGGAAAACAAACUGAACCAAGUCCAGUACCAGUGGAAAAUGAUGGUUCAGACACUCAGGAGUAUUGUGGUGCUCAUCUUAAGCCAAUCGUAGGAGAGGGCUGUUGGCUAGAUCUCUUUACAAUCCACUUCAAAGUUGUAGUAAGGCUGCUGACUUGGAACUUCCAGACUAGGACCAGUUCAGAGGGUACUCCCACAAGGCUGCCCGUUAUCUCAGAGCUGAUGUGUUGGAAGCUUAUGUAGGGGGUGACUGGAGAUAAUGAUUGUAAUUAGGUUUAUUGGAUCAUCUAUCUGAAUCAUAUGGAAUGCGAAUGCAUACCAGGUCCUGCCAGGUGGUGUGUCUGUGAGAUAGACUCCCCAUUGUUGGUCUGGUUUAUAUGAUAAGCUCAUUAUAAAUGUUACUCCUUUUGCACAGAUUGCUGCUCUGUGGAAACAUUUUCCUCCCCUUUUAGUAGUCUACAUCAGGGCUGAGUUAUGUUUUAAAUUGGCCUUAAGAGCCUUUGGAUGAAAACACCUUCACAGAAGUCUGUAUUUGUGCCUGUAGUUUCUGCCACCAUCAGUGCAAUUCAGGUAAGUGUGUGUAGGAUUUCAGCCUAAGAUUGUAGUCUUGUACACUCAAUCCUAUGCAUGUCUGAAUUUAUUUAGUUCACCACAAGAAGACCACCACCGAGUCUUUCCAGGGAACUAACCCUGCAGUGAGAUUCCUUAGGCAAAAUGUGAUACCAUUCUGCCCACAUCUGUUCACUGAGCUAGAUUCUGGGGACCAACAGUGUCUUUUACAUGUCUUUUACUCCCUCCCUAGAAAGUUGUGGUUGGUUCCCUCUCUUUUAAGCUUCAUGUGUGUGCUUUUAGGCUUUUCACCAACAUUCUAGUAUAGUUUAGUAUUGGUUUAUUAUUUUUAUUAUUAUGCUGAUUGUUGUGUUGGUCAUUUUCUCAAGUUGCUUUGAAUUUAUAAAGAAACAUUGGGGUAGAAAUUUUGCAACAAAUCUUUUCAGCAGUUACCUGCCCUGGAUGCUAGUACAAAGUGAAAGACCUUUCCCCUGCAGUUAGAGAAGUUGGAGGGACUGGGUCUUUCAUGCCCAACAAGAGAGACAGACUUUGUUCCUCUCUUAUCUUUUCUGGAAUCCAUAGAGAACUUGUGAGACACAGUCACUUUCUCACAUCAUUGGACUUUAGACCAUUAGAAGGAAUAAGAACUAACUUCACUGCUUCUGGGGUUUUUCAAAGCCUAACAUGAAAUGAAAGACCUACUCAAAACUCCCACAGCAUCCUCCAUCAGGGAUGCAGGAUUUGUGGCCUUCCAAAUGUUGCUGGACUGAAACUCCCAUUAUCACUGAACAUUUGCUGGGAAUGAUGUCCAGUGACAUUGGAAGAGACACAGGCUCCCCAUCUCUUUUCUGUGUAACGGGAGCCUGGGAUAAAUUUGCAUGUGUGUGUGUAGUUGGGGUGACCACAAAUUAUAGAUAGCUGCUAAGGCUGCCAAAAUUUGGGCCCUGUCUACAGUAUACUAGUGUUUUCCAAGUAUUUGUCAAUAGAUAAUUAUUGUGGGUAUUAAAUUUACUAUAGUGUCUACUCAGUAAACUAUAUGCAAAUACAAAUCCAGUCCUGCUUCACUGACAUGUAUUUUGAAAACUUAUGCAGUUGUAUAUGCCCUUCAGAGUUCUCAUAAUAUGCCUGAAUUUUGCACUCUAGGUCCAACAUAAUGGGAAAGGCCUUGACGGUCAAAAUCUUUCUUCUGCUAGCAAAAGCGGUGAAGGAGGAAGUCAUAUCAGAGAAGUAAAAUGUGAUAGCUGCAGUGACCUAUCACCAAACAGUUGUGGACGUUCCAGGUCCCUUCUGGUGUACCAAAAAUCUCAUUUUGUGUAGGCUUCAGGAAAAUGUCAUGUCCUCCUAGAAUGUUCCAUAUACUCAGAUGUCCUCCAGUUGUACUGUUCUUUCUAAGAAACAUAACAUAACUAGAGACAAAAUACUCUUGAUUAUGAUAGAAGGGCUAAGUGCUUUAUCACAAUUACACUUUUUUUUAUUUCCUGGAAGUUCUAGUAAGAGCGGAGUUUGUAAAUAUGGGCAUGGUUUAUUUGCUGAUAAAUUGAACAACUUACAUCUGUUUAAUUUGUUGUGCUUUCUGUUUGCUUAAAUAUUUUGUUGUGGCCUGUGGCUAAAUCAGUUAACUUUCUAAUGCUAAUAGAUAUCCCCUGUGCUUAAACUUUCCACAUUUCCACACAGACACUUGCACCUUUUUAAUGAAAUAAAGCUGCUCUGUAUGAAAUAGAAAGUUUUAUGUGCAUCACUUCCAAAUGUUCUGUUUUAAAUUACAGAGGUUUAAAUAUGUGGUGGCACUUCAUAUUACAAGACACGCUUGGCUUCUCCAGCAGCUAUUUAAAAAUGUUCAUGUCUUAUUCAAUGUAUUAUUAGUGUACUCUGUUAUCUAUCAAACCUUGUCUAGGAACUUUGUAGGAGUUCUAUAGAAGCAAGUAAAAUUUUGGCCACAUAAAUUGCAUAUGAACUUUGCGGAUAAAUAGAAUCUUAAUAUUUGUAUUGCAUGCUUUCCCCCAAAUAAUGCAAGGCAGAUUGUCUGGUCUCUGCCUUCCUCUUCACAAUAACCCUUCAAACGGUCUUUAAUAACAGACUGAAAUGGUGGAAUGGUCCAAUCAUACUUCAUGGGGCAAGUUGUUCCAUAACCAGUGUUCAAAAUUACCCAGGUGCCAGGCACAUUUUACACCCGGCUAUUGGCCAAGUGCAACCAAGUGAAGAUGCCUGGGGACCUAAAUGGUGCCUCACAUAUCCAUCAUCUGGAGGUGCAUGCCUGAGGAUCACUGGAUCGUUUCACACACAUCCUGUGGAAUUCUAUCUACUCCACUCACAGUUGUGAGGAACAUUCUCACACAACGAAUGGUUUGGGUCACCAUUAAAAAAAGAGAGAGGUAGAAAUAGGCCAAUAUAUAUUUGGAUCAACCUGGUGGUAUUAUUAGCACUGCAUUUGAACCAGCCUAAGGACGCAGAUGGUGCUGUGGUCUAAACCACAGAGCCUCGGGCUUGUCGAUCAGGAGGUCGGCGGUUUGAAUCCCCGUGACGGGAUGAGCUCCCAUUGCUCGGUCCCUGCUCCUGCCAACCUAGCAGUUCGAAAACCCGACAAAGUGCAAGUAGAUAAAUAGGUACCGCUCCGGUGGGAAGGUAAACGGUAUUUCCGCCAGAAGCAGCUUAGUCAUGCUGGCCACAUGACCUGGAAAAACUGUCUGCAGACAAACGUCGGCUCCCUUGGCCAGUAAAGCAAGAUGAGUGCCACAACCCCAGAGUCGUCCGCGACUGGACCCAACGGUCGGCGCGGGGGGUACCUUUUCCUUUAAGGACUAACCAGUCUGUUACCGGUCUCGUAGGGGUCUUCCUAAAUAGGCAGCUGCUGAAUAAAUUGUUAACAACUUUCAAGGGUUCAUAUUAAUUUACUCAUAUAAAUUUGUAGUCAAAUCAAAAUAUUUGAUGUCUGCUCUUAUGCUUGGCUACUCAGAAGUAAGUCCCACUGAAUUCAUUGAGGAUAACUCUAUACUGUGGGAUUAUUGUGGUCGUAAAUGAUUUUGUCUCGCCCUUCAGUUUAGUGAGAGGCCAGGUGCGAGAUGAUAGAUAGAUGGAUGGAUAGAUAGAUAGAUGAUAGAUAGAUAAUGCCUUAUCUUGUGACCCUCAGAAACCUUAAUUUGUCUUAAGUGGUACAGUUUGUUCUUCUGAAAAAAUAGUUUGCGAAAGAAAAUUCUGUUAGAUUGUGUUAAGGCGCUACUGUGGCUUUUAGUUGUGCUCUUUAAUGUUUGUGGUUUUUGAGUCUUUUUGCAGGACUGCAGUAGAAACAAAUCAAGAGCAUGAAUCUUCAGAGAAACAUGAUACUAAGCUGUAAAUCCUCAGCAGCAACUAAUGUGUAGAAUCCAUUCAGACUCCAUUCACAUUCUUAUAAUUGAAAUUCUCUUAAGAGUAUUGCCCCAUAGCAUAAAGAGAUCUCCACUCCCCCAGCCCCCUUUACCACCAAAGUCUUUUUUAGCCAUUGUGCUGAAAGCUAUUGUCACAUAAUCAACAGAUGAUGGUAGAACUUGGAAAGUUAAGAAUGCCAGGUCUCAGUGGGGUGUAUUCUUGCCUUUUGUCAUUGGCAAACUAAUCAACCUCAUUUUGAGUGCUUGGCUGAAUUAUAAUACUUCCUCCAAAUUAUACUAGCAAACCUCUUCCUCAGGGAACAAUGUGCAAUCCCUUAAUCUCUCUCAUACAAUUGGCAGCUCUCUUCAAUGUUAAGAGUAUCACUCUUUAAUGAAAGCAUAUUAUUCACCAGUUUCUGCUUUCCAUUUUUGCUGAGGGUAUUGCCUUUACUAAAGGGUAAAAUCUACCAGAAUCUGCAUGCCCCUGUGUGUGAGACUUGGAAGUUGAGGUGCGAAAGUGUUUUAAAAAGCCAAAGACAUAAUAGUAAUUAAAAAACAACAACAAACCCAUAACUGUAUCCUCUACCACUGUACAUGGCAAAAUAUUAUUGAGGAUAACUGAGUCAGACUUAUAGCUUUCAUUUUCAGGAGAUAGGAGCUAGUUGCUCUCCAAAAUAUGUAGGUAUCAUUGUAGGAAAACAGAACUAUGAUUCUAGACCUUGCAAGUACACAAACUUCCAUUUUUAAUAUCAUACCAUAACAAGACAGUAUAGAAGGGUAUACUCAUAUUUUUCAAAACUGGGAAAUAAAGUGGACUGAUUCAGCCCCUUUAUUAUAAAUGAGCAAGCAUUGUCUAGACACAGAAUGUUUUCAAUAUCCGCCAAUACAAUACUUGAAGAGUAUUUUACCAAAAGCACUCGGUCCAACAUACAUGGUUGGGAAACUUACAACUGGAGAAAACAAAACUGGAAAAGGUACUAACAAAUGGGGAAACUAAAGGGCUGUUAGUUAAGUUUUUUGCUUUAAUAUGAAACUUUUACAAGAAGAUGAACAGAUUUAAAGGUCAUUGUGACAAGGAUCUGGGAGCUUCCAUUUGUGCAGAAAAACACAGUAAUGCCAGUAUACUGUUGGGCAACAGGAAUUUAGGAAGAGGUAGCCUGUGGCAACAAGAGUUUUAACCCAGCUGUAGCCAAACCAUGAUUAUACAAUUAAAUGGGCUUCUUCUGCAUCCUAACCUGUUGCCAAAUGGUUCUGCUGCCAAAUUUGGAUAUGGAGCAUUGAGGCUUAAUUUAUGAAAUCACAAAGGAAUCAUUAGUUUGUUGAGAGGUCAUACAGUUGAGGUGAUAAUUUUGCAAUGCUCAUAAUUACACUUUUCAUGUAUCAUUGUUACAUAUUUAUACAUACGAUCCCUUCAGGCCAUCUCCAUAUGUCUGACGGUUCAAUCGAGUGUUUGGAUGCUACAGCAUUUGCUUUCUAAGAAAAACUUAUUUGUCUUUACAAGGCGAGGUUGUGACCUUUUUCUUGGGUCUGUUCUCGGAGCAGAUUAGUUACACCUGACUUAAAUUAACAUUCCAGAUGUCUCAGUAAUAAUGUCAGUUCCUGAAAUAUUUCUGGUAGUUUAUAUUACUGGUGUGCUGUGUCUUGUGUAUCCCCCAGCCCUUUGUGGUUCCUUUCCCCACUAUUUUGAGUUGUACAGAUUUUUGGUUUCGCUUUAGCAUUGUGCAUAAUUUCGAAAUGGUGCGAGGUGCAAUAGUAUUAGUUCUGUUUUUGGGGUUGGUGGGGAGAUCUGCUUAUGAGGAGAGAGUGAAGAGAGAGGUUUCACACACCCACCCGUAUAACACUUGGACUCAAGGUCAUCCACAUGAAGCUGAUUGGCAGCGAUUCAGGACAAACAAAAGGAAGCAGUUCUUCAUACAGCACAUAGUUAACUUAUGGAAUUUGCUGGCACAAGCAAUGAUCAUCAUCUUGGAUGGCUUGAAAGAGAGCUUUAGACAAAUUUAUGGAAGGUAAAGCUAUCAGUGGCUACUAAUUGCCUUUGAAUGUCAGUCAUUGGGGAAGCAACAACAAGAGAGAACUGUGGUCCUCAUGUUCUCCUUGUGACUUCCCAAAGGGAUUUGAAAGAGACAUGCCUUCCCAGAAGCAUACCUGAAGAAAUUCCUCCCUCAUACCAGCCUGUUGCUGCUUCAAAGUCAUCAUCAGAGGUUCGUUGUUUUCUUUAAAGAGAAGGGCCCCUUGCAUUUUCACUCUUAACAUUCAGAAGUGACUCAUUCCAGACUAAAAGCCAUCGCUUCUAAAAGCAGCCACAGUCCUGCAACGUGACAGUUCUGUGUCGGAGAGGAAUAAAGUGUGUUGGCAGAGAUGAAUUGUGCUCUGGUGGCUUCGGUAGUACCGCCCUGCUGAAUUCUCUGCAUGGCGCAUCCAUUCUUGUUUGAACUCUUCCCCGCCUCCCACCCUUUUGACUGCCUUUAAUUCAUCGCCUCUCUUCUUCUCUAUCUGAAUGUGCAGAAUGGGAAGGAUACCAUGUCCGCUACUCCUUUAAGAAGACCUGAAAGAUAGAAAUGCUGUGAAAAUUGGUUUGCACAAAUAAUGUCACUUGUAUGAACAAUGGGAGCUGCCCCUGAACUGACAUAUGUAUGUAGCCUACAGAAGGUGUGCCGGGGGGGGGGGGCGGGCGGGCGGACUUUUCUACAGAAGUAUCAAGUUGAUAGGCUUUGGGAAGGGUGGUAAUCAGAGGAUGCAGGGUUGAGUAAGGAAUGAUAAAAGUGUUCCUUCUUGGGUCAAGGAAGAGUUUCCCUGUGCCAUGUUAGAUAGCUGGAAUAGCUCAGUUAGUAGAGCAUAAGACUCUUUAAUCUCAGGGUCAUGGCUCUGAGUGCCCUAUUGGGCAAAAGGGACACGGGUGGCGCUGUGGUCUAAACCACUGAGCCUCUUGGGCUUGCCGAUCAGAAGUUGGCAGUUCGAAUCCCCACAACAGGAUGAGCUCCUGUUGCUCUGUCCCAGCUCCUGCCAACCUAGCAGUUCAAAAGCAAGCCAGUGCAAGUAGAUAAAUAGUUACCGCUGUGGUGGGAAGGUAAACAGCAUUUCCAUGCGCUCUGGUUUCUGUCACGGUGUCCUGUUGUGCCAGAAGCGGUUUAGUCCUGCUGGCCACAUGACCCAGAAAGCUGUCUGUAGACAAAUGCCAGCUCCCUCAGCCUGAAAGUGAGAUGAGCGUCACAAUGCCAUAGUUGCCUUUGACAGGACCUAACCGCCCAUGGGUCCUUUACCUCCUUUACCUGCCCCAUUGGGCAAAAGGUUCCUGCAUUGCAGGGGGUUGAACUUGAUGGCCCUCGUGGUCCCUCCCAACUCCUACAGUUCUGUGAUUCUGUGUAUGCUUAGGUCUACUCUGAUCAAGAGAUUCCACUGUGAGGUUCUCUUUUUGUAGGGAGGCUUUUAUGCAAGGAGUCCUCCAGAAGUUUUGGACUUGCAGCUCCCAUCAUUUGUGACCGUUAGGUGCUCUGGUUGUGGUGGUGGGAUUAUACUCCAAAACAUCUGGAGAGCACUAGUGGGACCAGGCUGGGUAAGAGUUGUGGGCAUAUUGGGCGAGUGGGUGGAAACAUCAGUUCUUCUCUAAAACAGUUAUUUACAAGACUGUAGUAGUGAGGGAUUCGUGUGUGUAAACAGGGAGGGUGUUGUUUGUUUCAUUGAAAAAGGAAAACCAGGUGCCUGGACAAGUAAAAAUAGUAAGAAAAACAUAACAUGUUCAAACCCCUGGUAUCUCUAUAUGUAAUCAUUCUGCUAUCCAUUCAAUAUCUCUGUAUGGUUUUAUUUGCUGCAAAUCAAAGAGUGUAUCUAAUUUGAUGUUUAGAAAUGAUCAUAACUAGAUCUGCAAAUGUUUUCCGGAUGUUUUCAGUAGCGUUGUGUGUUGCAGGAAGUCUGACAUGCUUAUCUUGUCCCAGUAUCAGGCUGCAUUUUUUUUAAACGGUGAAAUAGCAUCUCCCCAACUUAAUUUUUCGGGUAAGAUUUCAAUUUAACUGUUAGUGCUGAGAAUAACAUUCUUUAAUGUCUUGGCAGCUCCACUGAGAGUGCUGGAAAGUGAAACUGACACUCUUUUUCCGGCUUGGCUUUGGCUUGCUCACUGCUGGGUGCAUGCCGUGCUUUUAAUCUGACCAUUUCCCAGCUAUGUGGGGGAUGCUUGUGAAACCAUUACAGAAAUAUUUCUGCCUCCUACAGGAGUUAAUGGGUUUUUUUCUCAAAAGAGUAAGGCUGCAGUCCUAUAUGUGAUUACCCAGCAGUUCAUCUUGUUGAUCACAGAGAGGCUGACUUCUGAGUAAACAUUCACAGGCUUCUGCAAUGAAUCAGUUCCUUUCAGCAGAGCUAACCAGAGUGUUAGUGCCCUGUUCAUUUGCCACUGUGUUCAGUUUAUGUGAGGUGGCCAGUAGUACACGGCUUCUGUAAAUGCCAAAAGUUAACCAGAAACAUAAAAUGUUUUGGCAGAGAAAUGAGAAUUUGGAUGUGUCUUGAGCAAAUUAUCAUGGCUUAAAAACAACAACCAGUAAAGGCAUGAUCUUGGCAUGUAAUAUAGGAUAACUUUUAAAGUGUUCUUUUGCAAUUUGCAAGUGAAUCAGGAGGAGAUUGUUUAACAUGCACCAUGUGUAAAUAUUCCUUAUUGUGUAUAUCGAAUUUUUUUUUUGCAUUCUGUAUUGCAAAAGGUCAGGAAGGGAGCUGAUCACAAUGCUGUUAGUCAGGCAGGCUUGCCCUUUGGCUUACCUUUGGUACUAUGAAUUGCAUCCCACAAUGGAGGAAAACUGAAUAUUGAUUUCUGGGCAUACUCUCUUCCAUUCCCGCUUCAGUUUAUUGGGAAGAAUUUGUAUUUGUUUGAGGUCAUGCCAUUGAAACUAACUUGGAGGAAUCACAUAGCCUCUUUCCCUCUUUCCCAUAAUAGAAGGAGAAUUAUAAAUGUGCAAGGCUUUGUGUGUGUGGCAGAGUUAGCUGCUUGUAUCCUUCCAUCAGCAUCGCAUAUUGGCAAUCUUGUUAAGAAGCUAUAAUCUGCUAUGCCAGUUGUUCCCCUCCAGAGACUAUAGGCGGUAUGAAGGUUUGCAAGGAAUUCUAUAUCUACUAACCUCUUUGUGUGUUCAUGUGUGAAGGCGUUUCUAGUUGCAAGCAUUUUCUAGCCUUACCUUCACUUUCAUUGUCUAGAGUCCUGGAGAAGAUUGUUUUUGCAGUGUGAGCACUAGAGAACGGGUUAGGAAACGUGCUGAGAUUGCUGCCACUUUCUGUGGCCCAAAGAUGUGUUUUCUCCACCAUGAAAAGCUUUGAAAGAAAGAACUGCUUUAAAAAAGAUCAGUCACUCUUAGACACAUAGUGGCUUAUAGGAGAAAGAAGAGACACAAGAGCAGUUGAGAGUUCUUUAACUUUAGAGGUGUGUACUAUCAAUAUCAGGGGACGCGGGUGGCGCUGUGGUCUAAACCACAGAGCCUAGGGCUUGCCGAUCAGAAGCUCAGCGGUUCAAAUCCCCUCAAUGGGGUGAGCUCCUGUUGUUUGGUCCCAGCUCUGGCCCACCUAGCAGUUUGAAAGCACGUCAAGUGCAAGUAGAUAAAUAGAUACCGCUUCUGCAGGAAGGUAAACGGCGUUUCCGUGUGCUGCUCAGGUUUCGCCAGAAGCGGCUUAGUCAUACUGGCCACAUGACCCGGAAGCUGUCUGCAGACAAACGCUGGCCCCCUCGGCCUAUAGAGUGAGAUGAGCACACAACCCCAGAGUCGUCUGCGACUGGACCUAAUGGUCAGGGGUACCUUUACCUUUACCUUUACCAUCAAUAUCUAAUGAUGCUUGCUACCUGGUUCAAAGCCAAUGGCUACAUACAGUAAAGUCUGCCCCCCAAAUAUUUUGUUGUAACUUUUUGGCAAUCCCCAAUAAUUUCCAUACAUGGAUCUAUCUAAGAGGGCUAUGUAUGCAUGAAGUGGUUCUGUAUGUGUACUGGGGAAAUGUCUUCACUCCUUGCAGCAGCUCCUUACAUUUUAUGGAAUUAUACUCUGAAGGAUGCUGCCUUUUUGAAGAUGCUUAUGGGGCCUUCUGUCAGGUGAUGCUCAGCCCUCCUUUACCUCAGAUGCAGGUUGAAAAUUUCUUGGAUUCCUGAAAGACUGCUAUAGUACUUUUCAAUAUACUUUGAGAUGUUCUGAAAUCAUAUUUAGAAGUAGUUAUUGAAGGCAUUCAACUCAGUCCAGUCAAGGUCACCAAAGAUAAUGAUUUUUUCAAAAUUAGAUGGCCAUCUCCCUUAACUCACCAGCUAUCAGUUUCUUGAACAAGAUACAACAUCAAAUUGUGAUGAGAUACUGAAUGUAAUGUGUGUGUGUGUGUGUGUGUGUGUGUGUGAACACUUAAAUACAGUGGACACUCUGGUUGUGAACAUGAUCUGUGUGGAAUGCACGUUUGCAACCCGCGUCUGCGCAUGCGCGAGUUGCGAUUUGGCGCUUCUGCGCAUGCGCGACCACUGAAACCCGGAAGUAACCCGUUCUGGUACUUCCGGGUUUCGGCGCUCCGCAACCUGAAAAAACGCAACCUGAAGCGGCUGUAAAUGUGAGGUAUGACUGCACAUUUAAUGACUUUACUGCUUGCUUUAAUAAAAAUGGUCUGUUUAAGUUGCUAUGAAGACUUCAUGCAUGGGGACUUUGCACACUUGCAUAUUAUAAUUCAGCAAUCUUCCAGUAACCUAGCCAAGAAUUUGCCUAGCUACAAUUAAGUACACAGUCUUUUAACACAUGACAUUAUACAGUUUGUAAACCAGUCUUCUGUGUUGGGAGUAUUCUUUCCUGUCUAGAUGGGAUUUUGGCAUUGUUUAUGUGCAGCCUUGGUGAAAUUGACUUCUGGUGUUUUACUAUUGGGCAUUCAGAAUUGCUGUUGUGUGAAUAUACAUCACUUGAAGUCUGGAAACUUAAAACAUGUAGCUUUCUUUUGAGCUGUGUAGACGUUGCAACCUUUUGAGAGGGUGUCCUUAAACACACACAGAGCUGUCUUAGCACACAACUUGUGGCUCAUUGUGGCUCCCUAGCACAAAUAAAAGUGAAUAUUCAGUGUCUCUUUUUCAACAAGAUGGUUAAUGUAAUGCACCAUCGAAAAGCAUGUUGGAUGUGAAAUACCUCAUGUCAAAGACCCAUGGAUUUUUGGCGUGGUAUGUAGCCUAAAUAAAUACAUUUGCAGGCAGUAUCCUGCUCAGGCUUUUCAGCAUAGUAGCAGUACCACUUAACACCUCCAUUUGUAUUUUCAAACCAAACAAUCCACAGGAUGGGCUGGUCAAAAGACGUUUCAGAACCAUAAGCAUUUGUUAAAUCUCUCCAGCUUCCUUUUCAGAAGCCCAUCACAAAUCGUAAAACAAGUUUUGCCGUAUAUAUUUAUUUAAGGGGCAUGGCUUUUUUUAAAAAGGUGAAGUAUCAAGUUUCACAGCUGUUUGCUAUCAUCCAGGGAUACCUUCCAGCUAUGCUAGUCUGGGUUCCUUUACAAGGUAUUCGGAUUAGAAAGGCAGAUUUAGAAAAGAGAAAUGCUAGAGGUAAAAAGCUUGCCGAAAGAAUUUCUUUUUGAAGCACUAUAAAGAAGCACAAGUGAAAAUGGAUGGUCUCAUGCAUACCUGAUAAUGAAGAGAAGAGCUCUUGUACAAUGUGACAGCGCUGAGUAGACUAUAUGGGUGGAAGGGCAAAAGGUGUGGAAUGUCUGUGUCUAUUAUGAAAAGACGGAAAUUGCUGUCUGUAUUUGGAACACUGCAGGCUCAAUAUAUCCUGCUGACAGUCUGGCUAGUGGCCGCUGUUGUACAAAGCCCAUGAAGCCGAGAAUUGUCAGUUCUUCAUUUUAAAAUAACUUGGCACCAAUCAUAGAAAUUUUCAAGAAUACAUAUGUGGGUUAUAAGUUGACUGCUUUUUAACUGGAGACUCUCUCUACUUUUUCUCCCCCCUAGGAGUGUAUUCUCAGAAAACAUUGGCUCUAGACGGGUCCAGAAGGCAAGAGUAAAUUCAGUCUACAUGCACAGAGUCCACUGGCUCAGCUUGAAAGUGUUUUCAUGAGUUAACACUGGGACCAGAUCCACCCUUCGUUCCCUGCAGCCAAGCAAUCUGCAGCCAAGCAAUGGGCCAAAAAAUCUCAGGGAGCAUAAAGUCUGUCGAUGUUCGGGAACCCCCUUACAGACCUGUCAAAAGGGAACUGAGGGGUCCAGAUUUCUGCAAGCCUGCGAGAUUGGAUAUGUUGCUGGAUAUGCCCCCGGCCCAUUUGGAGGUCCAGUACAAGCACGCUUGGAACAAUGAAGACCGAUCCUUAAAUAUAUUUGUGAAGGAAGAUGACAAACUGACAUUUCACAGACAUCCGGUAGCCCAAAGCACAGACUGCAUCCGAGGCAAAGUUGGGUAUACGAGGGGCCUACAUGUUUGGCAGAUCCACUGGCCCGCCAGGCAGCGAGGAACACACGCUGUGGUUGGAGUGUCAACGGCAGAAGCACCUUUGCAUUCUGUAGGAUAUACGUCGUUGGUUGGUAGCAAUAAUGAGUCAUGGGGCUGGGACCUUGGGCGCAACAAACUUUAUCACAACUGCAAAAAUCAGCCUGGGGUGACAUAUCCUGUAUUUUUGGAACCAGAUGAGUCUUUUGUACUCCCAGACUCCUUACUGGUGGUUUUGGAUAUGGAUGAAGGGACGCUUAGCUUCAUUGUGGAUGGACAGUACCUUGGAGUGGCCUUCAGGGGACUAAAAGGGAAAAAACUCUAUCCUAUAGUCAGUGCAGUAUGGGGGCACUGUGAAAUCACAAUGAGAUACAUCAACGGACUUGAUCGUAAGUGUUCCACCACACUUCUGAUUUCUUUUUCCCAAACACCUAAACAUGUUUCUAGCUUUGCCAGUUUAACAGUUUUCUUCCAUACUAAAUGUGCAGUCGGGGAGAAGUUGCACCUGCCUGUCCUGUAACCUUCCUGGUGAAAUAAGGUCAUCUGGGUGAUGGUGCUGCUGAUAUCUGUAAUUUGCAGCUGUAGUAAGAUGAGUGUGCUGGGCUCACAAAUAUCUAAAAUGACUGUAGCACCUACCUCAUGUUGCCGCAGUUCUGUCCUCCUUCCCCAACAAUUUUUUUCAGGCUAGAAACUCUGUGGAAUUAAUGUGUGAGUAUUAUUUUAUGCUUUUGUGGUUUUAAGCUUCUUUUUUAGAAGUAUGCAAAAAUGUAGAUUAGCAGUGGAAGUUUUAAUUAUAGAGUAUUAGGUUUUUUAAUGUUUGCAGACUGGGUUCUUGUUGAAUUGAUGAUGGAAUGCCUUGCAAAACUAUAUUCUUCCAAGUCAGGCUUGAAAACUGGGUUCUGAUCUGUCCAGUUUUUGAGAUCUCUGUAAAAACACUUUGUGUUAUACAGAAGCAGCUUUCCCAUUCACUAGGCAGGAGCAAAGAUUUUGCAUUUAUAGCUCUGGAGUACAGUUGAAGAUAGAUGGGUUGUGACCCUCCUCUUGGACAGGAUUGCACUUACAGCUGGUGCUUCAUACAUUAAAUCAGGGAUGGCCAAUGUGGUGCCCUCCAGGUGCUGCUUCACUACAACUCCUAUCAUCCCUGUCCACUGGCCACCACUGACCAUUAGGGAUGAUGGGAGUUGCAGUUGGGAGAGACAAUUUCAGUACUGCUGCAUUCUCAUAAGGUUCAUCUAACGUUUGCUAAAAGCAGCACCUUUAGUGUAACAAGACCUGCCCUUGGAAUGCACUCUCAAUAAAUAUCUACAGUCCUGGUGAUUCAGAGCCUGCUUAAUGCUCAUUUGUUCACUCAAGUUAUCCCUGAGGGGUGGUCUGCUUAAGUUCAUGAUUCAUUUGAAUUGCAAGUUAUACUGUUCUUUUCCUUGGUGAUUUUAUGUUGGUGAUCACAUUGAGUUUUUUCAACUUUUUUAUGUUUGGUGGUAUAGAAACAAAUAAAACUUUUUGCCUGAUGCAGCUAUCACUGUGAUGCCAAAAUAGCGGAGGAGAACUCAGGCUGAUCUAGAUUUCUCAAUCUGCUGCUUCCCAGUCUGGAUUUGAAGCAUCAAUGGUCUUCGACUUUAUUCUGUUCUGUCAAAGUGAGGUCUAACUCCUGCUCUAAGGAUCAGCAGGCAGUGGCUUGCAAAAAUGGAUUGCCACAUGGAGUUUUGCCAGUGUUGUAUGUUGAGGCCUUUUCCAUGUGUGUAUUUCUAUAUAUAAAGAGGGUUCAAGUUCUACACCAUGAAGGUUGACUAACACACCUUUAAAAAAAAUCAAAAACACCUUGCAAGGCUAAGCUUUUAAGUUCAUUUUAAAUUUAUCCCAUGAGUUUGCAGAUAGGGGGAUCUGGCUCACUAAAUAAAACCAGUGAGCAAAAAGGAGCAUCGUUUGAAAAGGUACAAAUACUGUUGGCUGCAUCUUUCUUAGCUCCACUUUCUUUCCUUUUAGCCUCAAAAAGGGUGUCUAAAUUAUUCUCCUUAUGAACUUUCUCUGUUUUUGUGUGCUAGCUCUUAAAAAAUAAUAAUUACAAAGGCUUGGACCUUUUAACUUUCACCUUUAUAACUAUAUUUUUAAAAUAGCCCCUUCCCAUUAGCAGUUUUUAUCAACUGAACUCUUGCCAGCACACUGUAGCUGUAUUUUCAGUGAAACUUCUAACAUCUUAAAAGGAAGAUAAAAGGACCUCAAAGUUUUAUAGCAAUUGAGGUUAACCUGGGAAAUAUUAUCUGUACAGAAAAUGCUUUGUAAUUCUUUUGGAAGUUGACAGAAGUUGGCUGAAUAGAAAACGAACCGUAAGCAAAUAGAAAUGGCCCUGAGCAAGGCUGUGUUCAGAUAGCUAAAAAUAGGAACAACUUCACAGACAAAACAGGAUUUUACCCCUCUGCCUGCAAAGGGCUUAUCUACCAAAACUUCCAUGAGUAUAUUAUGUAACAGCAUGAUUGCAGUCUUUUCUCUAUACAGUGUUACCUCGUAACUCAAACAGCUCCAUUCUCAAAUGUCAAAAACCUGGAAGUCAGUGCUCCGGUUUUCGAAUGUUCCUCGAAACACAAACAUCCAAUGCGGCUUCCACUGUGCAAAAACCAAGCUGAUGGCCAAUCGGAAGCCGUGCCUUGGAACUUGGACAUUUGGAAGUCGAACGGUCUUCCGGGAUGGAUUACGUUCGAGUUCCGAGGCACCACUGUAAUAAUUUACUUAACUAAGAAACUUUGAACUUGAUUCACUGUGUAUGUGAAUGAAACCAUUGGCUGAAAUCUAGACUAGGGAUGGGAAUGUUGUGCCCCUUCAGAUGCUGUUGUUGUUGUUUAGUCGUUUGGAUCCCUUCCAAUCGGGAUUCAGGCCUCAUCAUGGGACUGAAACUCUCUUGGUCACACUGGUCGAAGAUCUCCGUCAGGCUAGGGACAAAGGUGAGAGCUGUUUCCUACUUCUGCUGGAUCUCUCAGCGUCUUUUGAUACCAUCAACCAUAACAUCCUUAUGGACCGUCUAGAGGGGCUGGGAGCUUUGGGCACUGUUAUACAGUGGUUCUGCUCCUUCCUCCUGGGCCGUGUUCAGAAAGUGGUGGGGGGGAUGAGUGUUCAGACCCCUGGGCUCUCACUUGUGGGGUGCCUCAGGGUUCCGUCCUCUCCCCCAUGCUUUUCAACAUCUACAUGCAGCCGCUGGGAGAGAUCAUCAGGCGGUUUGGGCUGGGAGUUCAUCAGUAUGCAGAUGAUACCCAGCUCCAGCUCUCUUUCAAAUCAGAACCAGAGAAGGCAGUGAAGGUCCUGUGUGAGUGUCUGGAGGCGGUUGGAGGAUGGAUGGUGGCUAACAGAUUGAGGCUGAAUCCUGACAAGACAGAAGUAAUGUUUUGGGGGGACAGGAGGCGGGCAGGUGUGGAGGACUCCCUGGUCCUGAAUGGGGUAACUGUGCCCCUGAAGGACCAGGUGCACAUCCUGGGAGUCAUUUUGGACUCGCAGCUGUCCAUGGAGGCGCAGGUCAAUUCUGUGUCCAAGACAGCUGUUUACCAGCUCCAUCUGGCACGCAGGCUGAGACCCUCUCCGCCCAUGGACUGCCUUGCCAGAGUGGUGCAUGCUCUGGUUAUCUCUCGCUUGGACUACUGCAAUGCACUCUAUGUGGGGCUACCUUUGAAGGUGACCCAGAAACUACAACUAAUCCAGAAUGCGGCAGCAAGAUUGGUGACUGGGAGUGGCCACCGAGACCACAUAACACCACAUAACAAAGACCUACAUUGGCUUUCAGUACGUUUCCGAGCACAAUUCAAAGUGUUGGUGCUGACCUUUAAAGCCCUAAACGGCCUCGGCUCAGUAUACCUGAAGGAGCGUCUUCGCCCCCAUCAUGCUUCCCCGACACUGAGGUCCAUCGCCGAGGGCCUUCUGGCGGUUCUCUCACUGCGAGAAGCCAAGUUACAGGGAACCAGGCAGAGGGCCUUCUCAGUAGUGGCGCCCACCCUGUGGAAUGCCCUCCUACCAGAUAUCAAAGAGAACAACAUCUACCAGACUUUUAGAAGACAUCUGAAGGCAGCCCUGUUUAGGGAAGCUUUUAAUCUUUGAUGGACUACUGUAUUUUAAUAUUUUGUUGGAAGCCACCCACAGUGGCUGGGGAAACCCAGCCAGAUGGGCGGGAUAUAAAUAAUAAAUAAUAAUUAUUAUUAUUAUUUGUUGUUGUUGUUGUUGUUGUUGUUGUUGUUGUUGUUGUUGUAUCUGACUCUUCAUGACCCCAUGGACCAGAGCACCCCAGGCUCUCCUGUCUUCCACUGCUUCCUGCAGUUUGGUCAAACUCAUGUUAGUAGCUUCAUGCUGUAGUUGGUGAAGUUCAUAGUGGGCUGUCUGGCCACAUGGGGCCUCAAAUAAUGGGGAUUAAUCUAGGAGCACCUCCAGACCACUCACCUGUGGUUUCAUAGGAUAUCCAUCCAAAAGCUGGUACACAUCUAAUUCCCAGGCACACCCAAUUCCCAUCCAUCUUGUCAGGAUUCAGCCACGGUUUACUAGCUGUCACCAAGCUCAUAAGUGCAUUUGGACACCAGUUUAGGACAUGCAUGGCCUCUCCUGAUUCAGAUACUACAAAAUAGAGCUGGGUAUGAACAGCAUCAGCAGCAUACUAGUAACACCAUGCCCCAGUAAUAUGUUGCUGAAUAUUCUUUUUAAAUGCUUUAUUGUUCUUAUGAAAACCAUGUAGAUAUUCUUACGUAAAAACCCCCUUUCUUUCAACAAUAUAUCUGCUACUCCCAGAAGUCUUCUCAACUUGUACAGUACCCAGUCUGCUUCUCUGGGCAAAUCUUAGGUUCUGCAGUAUUGCUGCAAUACUUGCGCAACAAUCCAACAUACUAGAGCCACACGUUCACUCUCUGGAGGGAAAGAAAUGAUUCCUAGAAAAAGUAAUUAAGGAAACCUGUCUAAGUGCCUUGACUGUGUGAGCUUCAGAGACCAGUGGGGAACCAUGAAGCCUACUGACAGAUCACUGUUAACUCAAAUACAUUUUUUAAAGGUUUGCCUUUAAAUGUGAACUGGAUCGCAGUUUGCCCCCAUCUAUCGCUAGUUGUAAGCCACCAGUGAUCUUCACAUCUCACAUAAAUCCUAUGAUAUAACUCCCACUGGUUUUAAUAUACCCAAGCUAAAGAAUGAAGGAUGUUGCACUUUAAGAAAAAGGUCCUUUCUGUUGCCUGCAGUGACUUCUGUUAGGUGAAGCAAAGAGCAGAAAGGAGUUAGGACUUAAAAAGAAUAGUGCAGUUACUGCCCCACCCUCCCCUUCCUGGCUGGCACAAGUAGCUCAAGGGCUUGAUGCCCACUGCUCCCAAGCAGGAGUUUGGAUUGUGCCCUCACCAAAGAAUGCUUGAUGAAUGAGCGAUGGGAAACAUUCCUAUUGGGAAGAAAAAGUACACAUUAGCCAAUUAUGAAAAAUUGUUCAAAUUUCCCCCCCUUGAAUGUGAAUUUCAUGAUUAUUAUAUUUACUUAUACCCUGCCUUUUCCCCCUGACAGAGACCCAUGGUGACUUACAGCUAAAAUAGAAACAGCUUAAAAACAUAGGUGAGGGGAAGCAAUCAUUAAAAACAAAUGAGCAUUAAUAGAAUUAUGAUAUAUGUGUACUAAAACACACAGAUCAUUACAACAAAAACAUCGUAGAACUAGCCUAGGCUUCCUCAACCUUGGCUCUCCAGAUGUUUUUUAGCCUACAACUCCCAUGAUCCCUAGCUAGCAGGACCAGUGGUCAGGGAUGAUGGGAAUUGUAGUCUCAAAACAUCUGGAGGGCCAAGGCUGAGAAAGCCUGCACUAGCCCUUUCCUUAAAAGCAGUCAGUUCCCAAAAUCCUGUUGGAACAAGAAAGUCCUCACCAGCAAACAGGACAACAUGAAAGCAAGCCAGUUUAAAUUCUCUAGUUCCAAAGUUUGGGAGCCGCCACCGAGAAGGCCCUCUCUUGCAGGUUUGUAGACAGAGAAGCAGCCAUACCGAGACCAUGGCAUAGCUCUCCUAACAGUGGCAUUGCUGCAAAGCAGAGACAGGGCAGUGCAAAGCGUAGACAGGGCAGAGAGGUUUCUGUUAGGGUGCCCACGCAAUCCCAAGCUCAUCACCUUCCUGCCCCACCUCUCCCUGUCGCAUCCCAGCUUUCCAGUUUGCGGAAAAAUGUAAAUGGCCAUUGUGCUCACCACUUUGGUCUAUAUUUGUUAGGUUUUACAGUGGUACCUCAGGUUAAGUACUUAAUUCAUUCCGGAGGUCCGUUCUUAACCUGAAACUGUUCUUAAUCUGAAGCACCACUUUACCUAAUAGGGCCUCUGGCUGCUGCUGUACCGCCGGAGCACGAUUUCUGUUCUCAUCCUGAAACAAAGUUCUUAACUCGAGGUACUAUUUCUGGGUUAGUGGAGUCUGUAACCUGAAGCGUAUGUAACCUGAAGCGUAUGUAACCCGAGGUACCACUGUAUAUGAAAUAAGUGAAUGGAUGGGGAUGCUUCAGUGGGAAGCAAACAAUUAGAUAACACUUUCACAUAUUUGCAGGGGCUUAUUGGCGCAGCCUUUGCAAAGACUUUAUUGAAGGUCAGCUCCUCUGUUAUGCUGCUGCUUGCAACCUAUUUUUUCACCAUGCCAGAUUACAAAAGUUACCUUAGUUUUCACUGCUUUGCAUAAUUCUCAAAACGUGCUGCUUUUUCAUGGCCGUUUCAGUAUUAUUCUAAAGGGGGAAAGUGUUUUAUAAGGGAUUUUUGUGACGAGGUAUGUUCUUGAAUGUUCUUGUUCUUUAUUACCGUAUUUUUUGCACCAUAACACUCACUUUUUUCCUCCUAGAAAGUAAGGGGAAAUGUCUGUGCGUGUUAUGGAGGGAAUGCCUACAGGUGGCGGGGGGGAUCUGCUGCAGUCGUGAGCAGAGGAUUCAUGGUUCCCCUUCCUUCCCUCCUCAGUGGCUCGCUUUGAAACAGCAAAGCGGGAGAAGAGCCGCUGAGUGGGGAGGAGAGAGGGACAGAGAGCCUGCUGCUUUAAAGGAGCAAAGCGGGAGAGGAGAGGAGUCCUGUCCGGUUGGUUCCUUUAAAGCAAGCAGGCUCUCUGUCCCUCUCUCUCCCCCACUCAGCUCACUACAUAGCAGCAAAGUUUUUAAUCUCGCUAAGCCGGGGAUGAGCGGGGAGGAGGAAGAAAAGCAGAGCCUGCUUGCUUUUAAGGAGCAAAGUGGGAGAGGAGAGGAGCCUUCUCCCCUUAUACCCCUCUUCUUCAUUAUUAGCAGCAUCCUUCUCCACCCACCCCACACAUGCUCCUUGUCCCUUGAGUGCUUUUCCUUCCCUCCCCACUUAAAACGUGGUUACAAAGCACGGAUCCACAUGGAUCCUCAGGAUUUUUGCACUGGGUCACCCCAAAUUCACCAUCAGAUCACAUAGCAUGUUCAUGGCUACAUCUUGCACCAAAAAAAUCACGCACCCACUGUUGCCUGGGGCCGCAGUGGUGCAAAAACGUGGUUACAAAGCAUGGAUCCACAUGGAUCCUCAGGAUUUUGCAUUGGGCUACUCCAAACUCACUGUCAGAUCACAUGUCUGUGGCCACAGCAUGAACCACAAAAAUCAUACAUCCACUGUUUCAUUUAGAAUAUAUUUUUUCUUGUUUUCCUCCUCUAAAAACUACAUGCGUGUUAUGGUCCGGUGCGUGUUAUAGAGCGAAAAAUACGGGUAUUUAUUUGUAAUAACUACAGUAAUGAUGUAGAGAACUUUCCUACAUCCAUCUUUCUCCUCCCUCAAACUUUUUAAUGGACAAGAGUUUCAUUUUGAGAAGAGAGUGCAAUUGAAAAUUAAUUUCUUUUUUUGUUCAAAGAGAUUUUGUCUGUCAUUUGAACAAGCUUGUGUUUGUGUGCCCUCUAAAAUAUGCCAUACAGUUUUAUGCUGUUUCUUGGCUCCAAGUACUCAUGUAUGUUUGUGAAAGUUGAAGGGUCCUGCCGUCUGCUGCUAGCAUAUUUGUAAAGUAACUAUAAAUGUCUAAUAACACCAUCUCUACACAUUUUGCUGGUUCAGUUCAUUCUAAAUUCUUCACAUUCUUGGCUAAGCAUCUUGGAAAAGGAAAAUAAAUUGGCCUCUUCCUCUGUGUAGAUUCAGCAGACUUGCAAGUUGAUGUAGACUAUGUACUGCUCAAUAUCUUUCCUAACUUAUAUGGUCUUCUGUUUUUGUUUUUGUUUGAGUGGCCUCAAUUGGUAUCGCUCUGUAAAAGAGCCUGUAAUCAGCUUGGGAAAAUGCACUCAUGGGGCCAUCAAAUUCAAAAACUACACAAUGCAAAAUUAAUACCAGUGGAGUCCUUGUAAACACCACAAAUAUUUGUAAUUAUGGAUUCUAUUAGCUUGUGUAUUGGAAUGUCAUCAGGAGUUUUCCCUGAGCACCUAGGCUUUUUAUAAGGGAAUGGCUAAUGAAUAUUGUAGUCUCCUUUGUCAAGUGGCAAACCACUCUUUAAAUUGGGUAGGUUGAUGGAGAGUUUUUCAAAAGCAUUUUUCAUAUGGCAUGUGGGUUUGAAAGGCAAAAUAUAUCAUGUGCCAAACCCUUGGGCUUGCCUAAAGUGGAUAUUUGGAUUCCAUUCAUUGUGUGUUUAGGAAAUAUUUUCUUGGCUGGUUUUCAGAAGAACCUAUGUGUGCGUUUUGCACACCGUUUGCAUUGCCUAGAGCUUCACUUCUGUUUUCACUUCAGCAGCUCCCACUGUUGAAAUGGCAAGCUGUUAUGCAGUUUUAAAAAGUGUAUUGGCUCUUCAGUAGGAACUGUUGAAGUGGAAUUUGGAUGUAAUGCUCUUCACUGCAUGCAAAAAUAUAUCUUAGAAUCCUGGCCUUUUUUAACCUUGUUUUGACUAACACACAACACUUUAGCCAGGUGGCAGCAUUUAUUGCCCAAUGACAGACCUCUCUCUAUCUUUACUAAAAGGUAAAAGAAGGGAAGGGAAUGGGUGGCGCUGUGGUCUAAACCACUGAGUCUCUUGGGCUUGUUGAUCAGAAGGUCGGUGGUUUGAAUCCCCGCGACUGGGUGAGCUCCCAUUGCUCUGUCCCAGCUUCUGCCAACCUAGCAGUUCGAAAGUAUGCUAGUGCAAGUAGAUAAAUAGGUAUCACUGCAGCAGGAAGGUAAACAGCUUUUCCAUGCACUCUGGCACUCAUCACUCGUCACGGUGUUCCGUGCACUAGAAACGGUUUAGUCAUGCUUGCCACGUGACCCAGAAAGCUGUCUGUCAACAAACGCUGGCUCCCUCGGCCUGAAAGCAAGAUGAGCACUGCACCCCAUAGACCUUUGACUGUACUUAAUGGUCCUUUACCUUUACCUUACUAAUUUAAGAUAGAUCUGAAUAUGGGGUCGGAGGAAGGGGUAUGUGGUGGGUGCGGGCCACUCUGGGUGUCACCACUGGGGGGGUGACAAAAUGCGGGUGGUACUCACCACUGGGCGUGCAGCGCUUCCUCCGCUGCUGACUGAAUAUAGAUGUCAGUCUUUCUCACAGUUUCAAAUGCAUUAAAUUACUCUCUUAUUUACCCUGACCGUACUGAGUUGGCUGUAUCUGAGGAAUAAGUAGUCAUGUAGAGAAGUUGUCUUUCACUUAAUUGAGCUUUAGGAAUGCAUGUCAGUAUUUUAUUUAGACAGCCUCGGUGUUUUUAUUUCCCUGAAUCUGAACUCAAUCUUGUUAUAUUUUAGUGACUUGGUUUAAGAACAUGUUAAUUUAUAUAGGACAUGGGAGUUUUGGGGUGUGUUUUUUAAAAAAGUACUGGAUUUCUGUUCCCCAAAGCCACUGUAAAGUGAAAUUGCUUAUUCAGAUGUCUGAUUGUGGUAUAAUCCAUAUGGCUGCUGGUAGUGCUCCGGUUUCAGUGAUACGUUUCAGUGCUUCAGAGAGAAAUAAGGUUGACCCACUGAAUUUUAGAGGAGCACAGAGAACUGAUCCAGAUAUAACGCUGCUUUCUCCUAAGGAUUAUAUAGCAGAAUGAGCAGAGGGUUCCUGUUUAUGAAAUCUCUCUCACCCCCCCCCCCGUUUUGUGUAAAUUACAACCCCAGAGUUCACUAGCUGUGGAGCAAGGUUAAAAACAGUACCCUGGGACAAGGGGAUAUGCAAAUAAUGUAGAAUCAUGGGGAUAACCUGUUGCACUUCUUGAGAGUUUGUACAUAGCAACAUAGGAAUCUGCCUUAUAUUAUAUCACACCAUUGGACUAUCAAGCCCAGUCUUGUCAGCAGCAACUGGCAGUGGUUGUGCAUCAUUUCAGGCAGGAAAUUCUCCCAUCCCUACCUGGAGAGGCGGGAGGAUUGAACCUCAGCUGUUCUGCAUGUGAAGAAGAUGCUCUACAGCUGAGCAAUGGCCCUUCCCUAAUGGCUACAGACAAGGAGUUCUAAUGCAUGACUCAGGAAGGGCAUCCAGUUGAUGGCUUAUAUUUUGUAGAUGAGAAAUACUUAGAGACAGGAAUAAUUACCCAAGAUUUAAGAACAGGGCAGAUACCAUAACAGCCAUGGGUGUGGUGCUUUCACAUUUUCUAAUUGUGGUUGUGGGUAAUGUUACAGCUGAACUGUUGUUGUAUACUGCUUCAAAUCAUGGUGUUUUUCACAAGUGUCACUUGGAUCUGUGUACUGUGUUGCAUUUCUCAUUACUGAAAUGUAAAUGUGCACUCAAAACCAGCCACAAUGGGCAACUGAUUUUUAAAGUUGGCACUCUUCCACUUUUCAUGUCCCAUGUCAACAAUAAUAACAAAGUCCCCGUUCUGGACAAAACCCCUUUCCUCCUUGUAUCUCUUGUGAAAAGGCCUCAUAAUUGAUAGCUGUAUGUAAGAACAAGCAAGUUAAUGCUCUCUCCAACCAUUUUGUUCCCUCAUAAACAUCAUACUUGUGAUAGCAGAUGUUUCCAGGACAAAACGCCAGUUCCAAUCACUUACCUUUAUCAUCUUUGACGUGCCCCAUCAUUGCCGUACUUACGUCUGAAAGGGAUUGAUACUUUAAAUGGGGAGGUUUGCAUAUGUCAGUGCCAAAUGCAGAUGGAUAGAAAGGGAGGAUAUUCAGUAAGAAGCAAACUAUUGUUUUAGUAUAAUGUGACAGUUCAGAUUGGCUCUUUAAUACUAAGAAUGUGCGUGUGCUUCGUUGUGUGGUUAUGUGUGUUGCUCCUGACAGUUUCUCUGAUUUUGCAAAUGUGCCCACAGGCGCCCUCCCCCCCAAGGUUGGCGAUGCUACCAAGACAAUAGAUUUUUAUAAAGGUAGCUAUCUGCCCCCCCCCUUUACUAGUCCCAUUUUUUUUUCUGUCUGAAAGGCAGGUGGUAAAUCUUCUUUACAAAUGCUAACUUGAACAUAAUAUCUCGUUUCUCGGGGAAGUAGGAGAGCAUAAGUACUUCUAUGGACUGUUGCAGUUUGUCAUUAAAAGUAAUUGCAUACAGGAACAUUCUGUAUAGAAUAUUGAAAAAUGUUUUUGGGCAGUGGCAGGCUAAUGUUCUAGCUGGGGAGAAGAGUGGGAUACAGAACACACUUUGCAUCUGCUCUUAGAUGUUGUCUUGCAAGGCUGAGUGUACCAUGAGGAAUGGGGGGAAAUGCUAUGUUGUCCUUGUUCAAGGGCCCAUAAAACAUCUCUAUUAUUUGUGUUUUGUUUUCAAAGUGUGUAAACAGUAUCCCUUUGGGGGAAGAAAAACGGAGUCUCUGCUUUGACUUACUCUUACUGGAGCUUAUUUUGCAAUAAAUUGGAGCCGGUACUGUAUAAGCAAGCCACAUGAUGCACAAAAGGUGUAUCUUUGCAACCUCUGCUAGAAAGUUUAGAAGGGUAACCUUGCUGGUUUGCAGCAGCAAGUAUACAAAACUAUGUUCUUGGUUUCUUGCAGCAUGAACAUUUAACAAGGAACACCUACACUUGAUGUGGAGAUUGAAUAUUCUGACGCUGCCUUUCAAUACAUGUGAUCAUUGGUCCAUUUUGUAAUGACUGGCAGAGGAUCUCCAAAGUCUCUUGUCCAAACAACUUUCCCAGGGUUAUUAUCAACAAAUGAAAAUAAUUACUAAUCCAACUCUGGGGUCAUUAGCAUGGCACCUUACGGGUACAGUGGUACCCUGUUGCCUGAGAAACCCUCUCCCAACCCACUUCCUCCAUCAUGAGGGAAGGGUGGUUCCCCUUUAAAGAUACAUAGAGCUGAAAGAGCAGUUUAGCACUAUGUAUGUGCUUGCACAUUCUCUUCUUUGGUAAAAGACAGCUGUAUAAGCUUAUCUCCUAUCUUAGCAUUCUGGUGCAUAGAGCUAAGAUCAGAGAGAAUACAGUGGUACCUCAGGUUACAGAUGCUUCUACAGAUGUUUCAGGUUACAAACUCCACUAACCCAGAAAUAGUACCUCGGGUUAAGAACUUUGCUUCAGGAUGAGAACAGAAAUCGUGCUCCGGGGCGUGGCGGCAGCGGGAGGCCCCAUUAGCUAAAGUGGUACCUCAGGUUAAGAACAGUUUCAUGUUAAGAACGGACCUCCAGAACGAAUUAAGUUCUUAACCUGAGGUACCACUAUAGAUCUUUUAUCCCCAAUGUUAGUUUUUAAUUCUGAGAUAACAGAUCCCUGCGCCAGAUGUCACACGAGGUGGGCAUAGUUAGCCCCAAAUGGCUUAAUUAGUUCCCACACCCUUAGUGUAGUUUGUUAGAUCUUAUUCUGUAACUUGUGACUGGAGCCUGUGUAACUUUGAACACGCAGGCUAGACUUCCUUUGCAAGCAAACCUACUUACUGGACUCACACACACACACACUCCUGUUUUCUGUAGCUAUAUGUUGGGGUUUACCUUGAGUUUCUGUGCAAUGCAUUCCAAAAAUGCUUUCAGAAGAAAAGAAAAAAAAUUGCAAUCCUGAUUUAUUUCUUGUCCUGCAUUUUUAGUUUCUAGCUAACGACUUUGACCACCAAUCCAUUAUUAUAGUGCAUUAGUACUGACCACAUAGACUGCAAAACCAAAGGAAGUUUUGCUAUCGGUAAUGCUCAUCUUUGCUGAUGGGAAUCCAAAAGACUGGCAAAAAGUUCAUUGUUUAUUCUUUUCUAAGUUGUGCAGAGUCUGUUUGUGUGGGAUUUGCUCAUUAGGAAACAGAAUCCAUGUCCAUUGAAACCUUACUUAGUAGCAAAGAGCUUGUGGAAAUGGAAAUUUUAUUCUAAGGCGUACAUGCUCAGCAGCUGGCAUGUGAGUUUUUAGCUCCCUGGAUUACUCAAUUGUAUAUAUUCCAAUCCCCAUUGGUUUGAUUUCUCCCCCACCCUUUUCUUAUGUGCGUGUUUAUGUGAAAAACCUUUUUGUGGGAAUGUUUUUCAGACUUGUUUAUUCUAGUUUGGCAGAGCUGCUCAUAAAAUUAAGUAGCCCAGUAUUCUUUAAAAAACAACAACUGUGGGGGGUUGAAGGGGCAGGGAAAUCGUAUAGCUCCCCCCUUGCUUAAAGCCCAAAAGUUUAGGUUGGGAUACGGCCAAGCUAAACAAAAUUGACUUUGGUUUUAUAGCAUGCAUGCCUCCUGUUUUCAGUUGUUGAAAAAUGAAAUACCUUCCAUUUCUUUCCUUUUUUAAAAGAAGUUCUCAGAUGAAAUCCAUGUUGUGAACAUUUUAGCACCCACCUCUAUAUAGAGGGUUGUUAUAUGGAAUCAUAGAAACGUAGAAAUUUUGAUAACUUGCAUCUCAUCAAAGAUUCUCUCAAAGCAGCUUUGAACAAUGAAAAUGCAUCUGAAAGAUUCAGUGCCUGAGGAAUUAUUGGGUCAUCUUCUGGCCACUGGCUUUGCCCUGUUGGGAAAUGAUCUCUCUUUAACAACAACAACAACAACAACAACAACAACAACAACAACAACAGCCCACCCAUCUGGCUAGGUUUCCCCAGCCACUCUAGGCGGCUUACAGUGCAUAUCAAAACAUGAUAAAAUGUCAGACAUUAAAAAUUACCUAAUAUAGGGCUGCCUUCAGAUGUCUAAGUUGUGUAGUUCUUUAUCUCCUUGACAUCUGAUGGGAGGGCAUUCCACAGGGAGGGUGCCACUGCUGAGAAGGCCCUCUGCCUGGUUCCUUGUACCUUCACUUCUUGCAGAGAGGAAACUGCCAGAAGACCUUCAGAGGAGGACCUCGGGGGUGGAGACGUUCCUUCAGGUAUAUUGUACACACCUGCACUUUAUUGAUGGAGGCAGGACUUUUGUGCUGCCCAGGGGAAUACGAAAAUUUGUGACUGGGGCAUCAUCCAGGCAUCUCCAGAGUUCUGGAAGUCAUUGUUGUUGUUGUUGUUUAGUCGUUUAGUCGUAUCCGACUCUUCGUGACUCCAUGGACCAGAGCACGCCAGGCACUUCUGUCUUCCACUGCCUCUUGCAGUUUGGUCAAACUCAUGCUGGUAGCUUUGAGAACACUAUCCAACCAUCUCAUCCUCUGUCGUCCCCUUCUCCUUGUGCCCUCCAUCUUUCUCAACAUCAGGGUCUUUUCCAGGGAGUCUUCUCUUCUCAUGAAGUGGCCAAAGUAUUGGAGCCUCAGCUUCAGGAUCUGUCCUUCCAGUGAGCACUCAGGGCUGAUUUCCUUAAGAAUGGAUAGGUUUGAUCUUCUUGCAGUCCAUGGGACUCUCAAGAGUCUCCUCCAGCACCAUAAUUCAAAAGCAUCAAUUCAUUGUUAGCAAGUCAUUGUUAGCAACAUGCUAAUGAUAACUUAAUGGGCAGACAUGGCAAUUCUAAGAAUGCACAUGCGGUUGAGAUAUUUAUUUUGCACAGGACACUAAAUAUUCUGAAAUGUGAAUGAAAAUCCUAGGUCAGCUAGUGUGUCUAUUGGGACUCCUUUCCUUCAUUAGCAACAUUCAUACACAGAAUAUUGAAGCCGGGGGCGGGUCACAGGUGUCAGAUCAUUGGAAGCUGGGCAAGCACAGAUUGGCACUUGCCCAGAAUGGGGAGGCAGCUGAAAAUGAAUAUCUGAGUGUCAAAUGGGACACUUCUCACAGACGAGUGCCCCCAAAUUGUAGCGGGGCUAUGAUGAUUUAAACUUGUACAACAACCGUGCAUCCUUAAACUGGAAGAAAGGCAUUUUUAUUCUUUUUAUUUCUUGUAACUCACGUUGCGUAGUAACCUGAAUGCCUUGCAUGGUUGACUAGAUAAUGCUCACAACAAGAGACAAGAGAGGUUUAGGCCCACAAAGCCCAUGGAGUUCCUGAAUAAUACAUGAGCACCUGACUGACAGCUGUUUUUAUAGGCCAUGUGCCAGAAUAAGCCUUGAGCUGUCCAACUAGGCAUGAGUUUAGGGAAGAGCUUCACAUUCUCUUCCCACCCCCCUUAAAUAUCACAUACUUGCUAACAUUUCUUUUAGAGGUCAGCUAAUGGGAUUAUGGAUAUUGUUUGCCAUAUCCACAUCAAUAAUGCAGUGUGAGGCUCUUGAAGAAUUGAUUUCUGCUGCUCAAGGAGAGCAGCAAAAAGCAAGAGUUUAAGGCUCGGGUCGCAAGAGAUUUGCAAUAAUUCAGGUUUAACAUCGGUCCUAAUUAAAGCCCUUUGAUGAUGACUCUGUUUUAUAAGCAUUUGGAGUUAGUUCCUUGGAAAUAUUUUUGGAAUUGAGAAGUACAUGUAAAUAAUAAUAAUAAUAAUAUCUCGUAAACAUAUAUUAAGCAUUCAGGCUGACAUGCUUUGUUACAUCAAAAUGUGGCUAGGUUCACACAAGUAGGAUUUUCCUGGUGAUAAUCUCUUCCUUGGGGUCAUUGGAAGAUGCUUUAGACAGAGUCAGACCCUCUAGCUCAGUACUGGCUAAAAGUGGGUUUCAUGCAGAUAUUUCUCAGUCCUUCCUGCAAAUGUCAGGGACUGAACCUGGGGCAAUGCAAGGCCUUCCCUUGAUCUGUGUUGUGCGGAUUCCUCCUGACUAGUAAUUGGAAUAUAAAUAAUGGUUCAAUUUUUAUCCGCUAAAUACGUAUGCUCUGGAUUGUUGCUAGUGUUCACAGUUGGAGCACAUCUAGCACUGCCUCCACUCCGCAGCAAGCUAUUAACACAUUAAAAUAGUCAUACAGAAUCUAAUUAAUAGUAGGCUGUUAAUGGCAAUAAAAUGGUACUGUCUCUGAUUGUAUCCCGAAUCGGUAGGAGAAAUAUUUAUUUGUUCGUUUAAAGAAAGACACAUGUCUGUUCUCCACAUGAAGUUGGCUCUUCUUACAGGAUUUUCAUUUGAAAUCUUAAGAAACUUAUCUACCAAAAGAAGCUGCAGUGAAAUAUUUUGCCAUUUGUGUUCUGAUCUUUACCAUCAGCAAAACAUUUUUUUUUUAAAUCAAAGCAAAUUAUAUUUUGAAUCCUUAGUCCCAUGUAAAGUGGCAGAUCGCACAGAAUUACAUCUAGUUAUGCUGUCACUGUGGCUCCAGAUUACUUCUGAUGACUUCAACUAAGAAAAAUAGCAUGAAUCAUCCGUCAGUUUAUUGUAAGGCACUAUAGACACUGUUGUAAAUAUAUCCUGUCUGGAAAGAUCCGAUUCCAGUAAUUGGUCUGAAAUAACUGCUGACAUCACAAAUGAUAACUCAAAGUACUAUCCUGAAAGAAAACAAUAAACCUGGGGACUAUUCCAGCUGUAUCAAGGUGUACAAAUAUUUUGCAUCAAACUCAUAAAGAGAGGUUGAGUGGCCAUCUGACAUGGAUGCUUUAGCUGAGUUUCCUACGUUGCAGGGGGUUGCAUUAGAAAGAUGACCCUGUCAGGAGAUCAGCCUACACUCGAGUAGGACCCUGGCAGAGACACAUGCCCAACUGGCAUGUUCCCUCCUGGCCGAUCGUUUGGGAGCUUCAUAAGCUUUUUUCAGCCCGAACAUCACAGCAACCGAUGCCAACAGACACCAGCACACUUAGGGAUCCUCAGAGUUUGCGCAUCAUGUGUAACAGGCCUCAGCAACUCAGCAUUUUGGCUAAUCUACUUUAUUUACAUAUAAACACACACGGAGCACUGCAACAUGGCUCCCUCUCUCUCUAGCAUCAGACAGCAAAGAGAAAAAACCAAACAACAAUAGUCCCACUUCACGGAACACAGUAACACAAACAUCCUGUCUCUGUCACUUCCCACUUUGUGGAGUCAAAACAUAUACCGUCAUGUGAAAGACAAAAAUCCCAUGACUGCAAUCAUGGAGCAGGAAUUCUAACACCCCCUUGGGGUACCUUCCAGCUCCACGCUUCUUAUGUUUUUCAGCUUCAACAAUAUUUCAUUAUGUAUCAUUUCAUGUAAUUGUAUCUUGUAUAAUUUAUAAAAAUUAUCGAUAAAACAUGUUCCAUUUACAAACAAAACAUUUAAAUAGCUACCUUUCUACUGAUAGCACAGAGGACGGGGCAUGUGCAUAGCCAGGAUUUUUGUUAGGGUGGGACAGAACCUCAUAUUUGUAUUGAUUUCUGCUGAUUUUUACUUAUUGGGGGGCAGCUGCCUCCUGCCCCCACCCAUUGGCUACACCCAUGGGGAGGCACAGAAAGGGAAUCACGGUCAGAAAAAGGUUGGGAAACACUGGUCUAAAGUAGCAGUUUGAUUUUUCCAGGAACAAGCUGGAAGUUAGUGAAGUUGCCUCAAAGGUGAUACUGGCUUUGACUGGCUUGCCCCUGUGACUGUUUAUUUAUUCAAACUGUUUUUAUCCCUCUAUUCAUUACACAAUGCAGGUUGCAGUGGAUCAGCAUUAAAAUACAUUGCCAGCAGUAAAGCACCAAGUAAGACAUCAGCAGCCUGUAAAAAUAUAAAAUAACACCACAGUAAAAUAAACUUAAGAGCAGCAGACAGUAGAGGCAAAUGAAUCACCCCAGGGCUUGGAUAAAUAAAUAAAUAACUCUUCAAUUGGUGCUGAAAGUGGAAAAGAAUUGGCCACCAAUCUGAUUUGGGAGGAGAGGGCAUUCCAGAGCCAGGAGAUCUCACCCUUUUUUGUGCCACAGCAUGUUUAAUUUCAGGAUGGUGCAGGACCAUCAGAUGGGCACCUCCCAGAUAUUCACAUUAUAGACUAGUUUUAGUUCAGGAAUUCAUCGUCCAGCCCAGUGUGAACAUUUUGCUGUACUCUGGAAGAGUGUGGCGGACUCCAAAAAGUGAACACCUCAUUUUAAAAUAUGUGACCCAGGCUCUGGCUUCCGUGUUUUUGCCUUCACAACCACCAUGGCAAGUGCAUUGCCACUGGCUGGUAGUCUUCCUCCCCAUGUCCCUGUCAAUCUUUUCUGCAGAGUAAUGAAGUCAGGUGUGCCCAGAGCUCUGUGGUUGUAUCAGGCCAAACCAGGUUCCGGAAGCUGCAGUUUCGACUUUGCCAUACAUAGUGCGGCUUCUGCACUAGGUUAAAGUGGUACCUCGGGUUAAGAACUUAAUUCGUUUUGGAGGUCCGUUCUUAACCUGAAACUGUUCUUAACCUGAGGUACCACUUUAGCUAAUGGGGCCUCUCGCUGCUGCUGCUGCGCGAUUUCUGUUCUCAUCCUGAAGCAAAGUUCUUAACCCGAGGUACUAUUUCUGGGUUAGCGGAGUCUGUAACCUGAAGUGUCUGUAACCCAAGGUACCACUGUAUUUUCUCUUGUCUUUUGACCUAACUUCAAUUCACUGAGUUACUAGAAUAAAAUGGAACCGUUUUUGUGUUUGUCUCUUUGAGAUACGGGAAAGGGCAGGAUUUAAAUGCCAUAAAUAAUGUUACUUCAGCAAGUAACAAUUUAUAUAACAGUGUAGAAUUGCAAUGCUUUUACACUCCCUGAAGUCAGAUAAUGAAACCUUUUAUCUUCAAUCUCCUUCCCCCUUUACUCUCUUCUCUUCAUUUAUUUUUUUCUUGGCAUUUUAGUAGAACAUGUCUUUGCUUAGCAAGUAACCAAUGCUAUAUGACUGUUUCCUCACUUUCAAGGUUUGGUCUCUCUCUGUGUGCGUUUUGGGAUUUUUUAAAAAAACUUGUGCGGGAAUUCCAUGCAGCAAAUUCAUACUUUUUAAUCUUUUUUGGCCUGGUGGUUCUUUUGAUUAUGUUCUGUGUCCUUGUGGCUCUAACAAAACUAUUUAAGAAUAUCUGGCUACUGUUGGGCUUUAACUCUAUAAAACUAUUGGCAAAUCUUCUAUCAGUAAGUGGAAAGCUGAGCACAAUUCUAGGGUUUCUUCUCUUUCCUGCUCCCUACAUCACACAUUCCUCACAUAGGUGUUCUAGAGAUUUAGUAGUGCUCCUGAGCAAAGUGUUUACUGAUGAAGUCAUUGGUUAGAGAACUUGGAAAGUUAAGGAGGAAAAUAGUCUGCUAGAGCCUGCUAUUUUGAGUUCAUUAUUAAAUCUUGAAUUUAUCAGAAAGACAUAUUUUAUUUUUGCAUUGGGUUUUGCCCAGUAUAAUUGUUUCUGUGAUAUAUGUGAGGUUUUUUGUGGGGGCGGGUAACUAUUUCCUAUGCCCCCAGGAUACUUGUUCAUUUUGUGCAGCCUACAGUGCUCAGAUAGAUGAAAUCCCAAAGUCAGGAAACUUCAAGCUAGCAAACACAGUGGCGCCACCCUGUCCCCAACACAUAAACAGUCACGUUUUGCGGUGAGGUAACCCAUCAACAGUAGUUUGCAUCAGCAGUAAAGAUAACACCUACACCUCACAGUAAAAUAUUACAUGCAUGUGUGCACAGGGAAUGUCUGACUUCAUAGACACAAUGCCAAAGUUCCAGUUAUUGUUUAUUGCAGCCCUAUAUGUAUGAAUGAAUGAAUGAAUGAAUGAAUGAAUCUAUCUUUAUUUGUGUCAGCCAUCGGCCAUAGCAAUAAAACAACAAUACGAUAUACAAAGAAUAAAAAUAAAAAAGGUCAAUUAUAUAAAAUAGAUUUUAGGGUUUUGAAUCAAUAGUCAAAUAGUGGAUCUUAUUCUAACUGCCCAAGCUAAAAACCUUGCAACCUUUGCUGUCACCUGCUCAUCUUGAUCUGCCAAGAGAAAGGACACUGUGGUAGUGGUUGGGCGACCCAGAAUGGACAGGAAAAGAGGGGUGAUAACCUCAUUCUUCAAGUCUUUAUAAAGAGUGCAGGCCAGAAGGACAUGCGCCACCGAUUCGGUACUGCCAUCUCCACAGGGACAUAAGCGUUUUUCGUGUGGAAUCUGUUGGAAUUGUCCCUCAAGUACAGCCGAGGGCAAUACAUUCAAUCUUGUGAGAAUAAAAGCACGUCUAUAUUUUAGAAUUGCUAGGUUAUACAGAUAGCGUGCCAGAGAGUGGAAAAUAGUCACACCAUGGGCAAAAUUUCCUUAUUGUGGCCAAGUUGUUCUGACGCUCGAUAUCAUUUAGCCCCAUAUGUUAAAAUGCCGAUAUGAACCCUUAAGGGUGGGUUCUUACUUUUAGGCCACGUUGUACCAUGCAUUACCACGUUUCACAGGCAUACCUUCUCCUGAAGAAUCUCGGGAGCUGUAGUUUGUUGAGUGUCCUUAGACUUGUUAGGAGACCCCGCAAAGAGCUGCAGUUCCCAGAGUAGCUUAACAAUAAAUUACACUUCCCAAGGAACUCUGGGAAUCUCCUAACAGCUCUCAGCACUCUUAAGAAGCCAUAUUUCCCUGGAUUAUUUGGGGAAGCCAUGAGUGAUAAAAUGACAUAAAAGUGCUUUACAUGUUUUGCCUGGGUAAUUUUAGCCUUGUUUUCACACAGCUCCUCCCUGUUCACGUGCAAAAGCAAAAGCUGUACACUGCCACAUGUGAAUGCAUAAUGUGCAAGGAUUAGGUGCAACAAUUUAUCAAAGAAUGCACUGUGGACGUGGCCUAUUGGUCUCCAGUUCUUGGCAUAAACUAAAGUAACCUUUUGGUUUCCAGUACCCUCUGAAAAGCAGCACUAUCUGUCGCUCCCUACCAGUCCACUUAAGGGCUAAUCUGAGUGCUGACAGAAGCCUUGUUCUGUAUCUUAAUUGUUUGAAUAAGUGUCCUCUCUGUCUGAGAAGUAAACACACAGCUGUUGAAGCAGCUGGAUCAAGAGAUAAUUGAAUAAUGGGCAAUUCCUGGAUAGAAAAGAUCAGACCCCGGUAGUAAAUAGAUAACAAAAUUCUUCCUAAAAGGAUAUGAGUAGGUGGACUGUUAAGAUAAUAAACUUUACUGAUAUUUGUGGGGCCAGACCAUAAGAUGAGCCUGUUGUACCAGGCGAAUGGCUCAUCUCACCAGCAUCCCAGCCUUUGGAACUCGCUCCCUAGAAAAGUUUGACUUGCUUCCUCCUUGUCAUUUCGCUGGCAGGUGAAGACCUCCUUAUUCCAACAGGCUUUGGGGAACCAACUACUUUUAAUGAAAGGGCUGGUGCCAUGCUGUUUUUAUUGCAAUUAUCUGUAUGCUCUUCGUAGGUGUUUGUGUGUUUUAAUUCUAUUAAUGUUUAAUUGUUUUUAAAGAUUUUUUUCUAUGUUUUUAUUUUAUUGGUAAGCUGCAUUGAGUUCCUGUCAGGGAAAAAGGCAGAGGUAUAAAUAUAUAAUAAUAAUCUUGUUCUCACAGUGGCUUAGCUGGACUUGGGUGUAGUAGCACUCUGCCCACCUGCUACUCCCUGGUGUUCAGAGGCAUAAUGCCUCUGACUAUGAAUGUAGAACAUAGCUUUGUCCUCCAUGAAUUUGUCUGUAAACCCUUUUAAAGCUUCCCUAGUCGGUGCUUCCUGUGGGAACAAGUUCCACCUAUACGCUGUGUGAAUCUUUCAGUGCUUAACUUCAUUGGAUGUCCAUGAGCGCAAGCAUUUUGAGAUCUGGCUUACUGUAUUUGCUCCAGUUUGUAUUUUAAUCAAAUGUAGUAGGAUGUGACUUUUAAUUAUCUAUGCAACAUCAAAUGCAUGUGGUAGUGUUGAAAACUGCAGACACAACUUUUGGUGUUUACAGGUGAUUAAAUGUUCACAGAAGACGCAAAGGGAGAUGUUGGGAACUUAUUCUAAAAACUGACAUUGAUCAUGGCAAAGUGUUGUUUAAAGCUGUGGUGGGGAUCCUUUUUCCCUACACGAAUGCAACAUUUCCUUCAGGAACAAUCUUUUGGGGCCAAAGUGCCAGUUGUGGGUCAGACCAGAGGCAAAAAGUAGGCAGAGCAAUAGACAUGGUUCUUAUAGUAAGCUGCAUUCCUGCCAUACAAAAUCCAGGUGUUUCUAUGCAUAUAUCUCUACAUACAGGAAAGCAGUAGACACUAUCCUGGUUCAAGGGCACAUCCAUCCAGGUAAAGGUGUUUGAAAGGAAUGCAGAGCAGGGUCAAAGAAGAACCACAGCCUGGAGAGAAUCCAGGGCUUGAACAGAGACUCUAGGAGGCUACAUUCAGCCCCAAGACCUGAUAUAUUGUAUUAAAUUCCUCCAAUACAAGAGGCACUCAAAUACACUUUCUCUUUGAAAUUGUAUUAUGAGGCAUGUUUUUCCCAUGGUAUGCUAGGAGGUAAGCACCAGCAACAUGUGAGGUUGGAACAGUUGUGUAUCCAGAGGGUGCCAUGUCAGAAUGCACAUUUGAACUGGGCCUUUGGUUAUGUAGUUUGUGUUUCUUCUGUCAUGGGGAAGGACUGUAGCUCACGGAUAGAUCAUUGACACGUCAGGCAAAAGGUCCCACGUUCGAUUCCUGGCAUCUCCAGGUAGGGAAGCGAAUUGCCCCCUGCAUGAAACCCUGGCAGCCGCCUCUCCAGUCAGAAGAAGAAGAAGAGUUUGGAUUUGAUAUCCCGCUUUAUCACUACCCUAAGGAGUCUCAAAGCGGCUAACAAAUUCCUUUCCCUUCCUCCUCCACAACAAACACUCUGUGAGGUGAGUGAGGCGGAGAGACUUCAGAGAAGUGUGACUAGCCCAAGUGUGACUAACCCAGUAGUUGCAUGUGGAGGAGCGGGGAAUCGAACCCGGUACACCAGAUUACAAGUCCACUGCUCUUAACCACUACACCACACAGCAUAAACAAUAUUGAGCUAGAUGGACUGUGCAUAAGGCAGUGUCAUGUGUUCCUAUGAUUGGUGACAUUCCUGUCCCCCUUCUUGUUCUCUCAUGUAAGAGCUCAGAGGCUGGCCAGAGGUAAAGCUCUGGCGAUGAGGCAAGAAAAGGUGCCGAUUUCUUUCUAUGUGCUGCUUUUGCUUCUAAUGUGCUGCUUGGGUAGGGAUAAUAUAGUCUUUUAGCCCAGACCCGGCCGGCUGCCACAGACUUCAUCCAUUGAACUCUUCAGGCCAAGGUGUCUGUUGCCUAAUCUUUUUUUUAUAUAAAUCCUUCUUUUAACUACAGUAAAAGUAAUAAAGCCCUCCUUUCCAAUUUUGUGAAAGAACCAUCCAUGAAAUGUGUCUAAUGCACUGACAUGUGUGGAAUGAUUAAAAUCCCGAGCAGACAGGGAAAGUAGAUUGUAAACCUGCAUCACUUGUGGUUAUGCAAUUGAACUGACAGUUGUUGUGUUUGAAGUGCUGUCCCUGUAAUGGAGUGUCCUUGAGCUGUCGGAGCAAUGAGUGGGUGCUGUCUUGUCAGAAGCAAACAUCCAGCUUUCUGCCGAAGUUGCCUGUUUUGCUUGACGCUCUCAAGACUCUGGUUACAGACCCAGUGCCAAUUAGCUACUUAAGCUCAGCCUGAGAGCAAAAUUUAAUACGGAUGGUCCAGGUGAAAAGAUACUGAAUAUUGAUGGAGAUGGUACCCUUCUUAUAUAUUCCUGCAUGAAUGGCACUCAAGACUCCAGCAGCUUUCCUUUUCCUUUCAAGCCAAAGCAAAUAAAUUGCCAUGCCACGCAAGCAUUCUGGGGCCUGUUUAUUGUUCUUUUUGCUUACGUUACUCUGCCAGUCUGUAAACUAGUGGUAGGCAACAUGGUCCAAACCCCUGACAAUACAACAGGUACACCUGCUAAGUGAGAUGGCCCAGUGGACCAACCUAAUAUAAAGUAAUGUGUUUGGAAGCAUUUUCUGAAGGUAGCACUUUGAUGCAGAGAGCAAAGGAGGUGGAGUGCUUAGAGCAGGCUUCCUCAACCUCGGCCCUCCAGAUGUUUUUGGCCUACAACUCCCAUGAUUCCUAGCUAGCAGGACCAGUGGUCAGGGAUGAAGGGAAUUGUAGUCUCAAAACAUCUGGAGGGCCAAGGUUGAGGAAGCCUGGCUUGACUAGGACUGGGUUCAAAUUUCACUUGGCCAUGAAGUGUGCGGGGUGACCUUUGGCCAGUCACCCAAUUUAAACUUAAUUUGCUUAAAGCUGGGGUGGGUGGGAGGAGGACCACGUACAGCAUCCAUGAGCUCCUUUGAGGAAAGAUAGCUAAUUUAUUACAUGUAUAUUCUAUCUGAUGCAUUGUUACUAUAUACAUUUUUUUCCUAGUACGAGUAGUAGACAAGAGUGUAUUAGUAGCUUUGGGGUUGGAUCCAAAAAGACUCAUAACUUAAGAGUUAUCUAUACCUUUGAGCUGUAACAGAAACCUCUCUAAGAAGUGCUGAAACUCUUCAGUAGUGUCUUUUGGGAGCAGUGUGGAAGCUGUAGUAGGAAAGAGUCAGUGCCCAUUGUACCCCCAAAUUGGGGUGCAAUCUGGAUUUGUACAAAGAAAAAUAUAAAGGACACCAACAGUGCCUGUGAGUCUUUUGUAUGCUUGGAGGCCUUUAGCACAUGUCAUGGGGAGGAGGUGUGGCUCAGUGGUGAAGCCCAUGCUUGGCCAGCAGAAGGUUGCAGAUUGAGUCCUUGGCAUCAUCUCCAGAUAAGGCUUGGAGACCUGGCUAGCCACUACUAGUCAGGGUAGAAAUGCUGAGCUAGAAGGAUCAGUGGUCUGACUUUGAAUUGGAUGAUCCAUCUGGAAAAGCCGAAGUGUCUGUGUGUACACUGCUCACACUCAUCUCAGGAAUAUUUUCCCAUCUCCAAAAAUGGAAACUAAUUACAGCCAUUCGAAUGAUCCCAAAAUCCAAUUGUAUUUACUUGAACAGAUGCAGGGGACAAUUGUGUUUUUACUACAGAAGUAACAGAUGCAACAAAAUAUGUCUCUCCUGUAUUGGUUUCUGUAGCCACAGCAGGUACUGUAACCCUCCAACAGUUUGACUUCACCCCCAAAGGCACAAUUCUCUACUACUGUGUGAAACUGUGUACCCGUCAUCAGUAUUUGCAAUUUUGUUGAGUGCCUUAAAAUGUCCACCCAUUUUUUUUAUAGCCUAGCACAAAGAAGGCUUAUGUUCUGUAUGCGGAGGGACACACACUUGUAAAAUUUCACCUCACCACUAGCACUAGAUUUUGGCUUUGUAGGGCUGGAUAUGAUGUCAAAAGGGACUUGUAUGUGUGUUUAUGUAUUUAAUGAUCAUCUUGGACUUUUAAUAUUCAGGAAUAGAGGGGUAUUUGAAAGUUACUGAAAUUUAUCUAACAUACUGGUGACUGAAAAAAUAAUAAUAAACAUGGUUUAAGAAGCCUGGAAGGAUCCACUUACCAGAAAGUAUUAGAAAAACUAGUAUGUAAAUUUAGAAAAAUUACCAAAGAAACCAUGGAUGCAAAGUAUAAAAUCUUGAUUUCUUUUUGAUGACUAUCUGGUCACCCCAUAACAUAAUUUCUUUGGGUGGCUCACAAAACAAAUGUUAUUGAAAUAAAAUACAAAAUGAUAAGUAAAACACAGCUAUUUAAAACUAAAUGUAAGUUCAUAAGUUAUUUAAAAGUUCUGGGUGGGCAAAAAGGUAGUCAACUUGUGCUAUAAAGACCCAAAAGAUGGCUCCAGGUGAACCACUCUUAAGAAGACUGUUCAUAACUGGGGUGCCAUUACAAAAAGGCCCUCUUCCUUCCUACCUCACUUCAUUUAGCAAGUAUACAUAGAGCAGGACCUCUGAAGAGAAUCUUGAAAAUAGCCCCAAACAAGUGUGUUAAUGACAGGCAUUAAGAGACUCCAAUACUUUGGCCACCUCAUGAGAAGAGAAGACUCCCUGGAAAAGACCCUGAUGUUGGGAAAGAUGGAGGGCACAAGGAGAAGGGGACAACAGAGGACGAGAUGGUUGGAUAGUGUUCUCGAAGCUACCAGCAUGAGUUUGACUAAACUGCGGGAGGCAGUGGAAGACAGAAGUGCCUGGCGUGCUCUGGUCCAUGGGGUCACGAAGAGUCGGACACGACUAAACAACUAAACAACAACAAAGAGAAACACAGAAGAGUGUUCAAGCUCUGUGAAAGGCAAAUAGAGUGGGAAAUUCAAAGGUGAAUUGUAGUGCUUGACAAAUGGAACAUUGACUGAAAAAUAUACCAAAUAGGGUGAUUUUUGUUCCUUGGCCAUUAGUAAUCACCAUUGGCAUAAAUCAAUUAAAUAAGAAAAAAAUACUAUAUCUUAGUCAAAUAAAAUAUAAAUACUAUGUGGCACCUUCUAGGUGCAAGAUGACACCUGGGAAAUUGAAGCACCGCAGAUGUGGUCUGUUAAGAGAAAAUGCAAUCAUCUUCAGUUUUAAAAACAGGAUUUCUGGUGAGUAAUGUUGAUGUGGCGUAAUAGACAGCUUAAAUCCUAUCCUAACCAGAGAUUGACCUAGCUAGCCUCUGUUACAUUUUGCAGCAUCAAUAUCCAGAACAAACUUUAGAUUGUAAAACAGUAGAAAUGUUGUGUAGAUAACUGUCAGAGAGCAUCAGGUAAAUGAGAAACUACUUGGUUUUAUCUUAACCUCAUUAUAUCUCCUAGGAGAUAGCAAAAUAGAUCAGUGCUAAUUGAACCACAGCUGUACUUCUUGAUAGAAAUUGCAGGGGACAAUUGUGUUUUUACUGCAGAAGACUGACACAGUUACUCUGCCUAGCUUGUUUCAGAGACUGAAACCCCAUUGUCUUAAUGGUCCUGUUCUGAAAGCUAAUGCUACUACUUUAUACAAUAAGCUGUUUAACUAACGUGAUUAAUUUGACACAGUAGCCCUAUGUACAAGUGUUCUAUUUAAUGAGCAUGUUGAGGGGGCAGGGGGCCAUGCUGAGUAGCACCACCACCAGCCAUGCUGAGCAUGCUUGGUAGUGUUUCUCGCUGGCAUGUACACACAGCACAAAUGUCUGCUGGAAGGGGGGCCUUUACAAGUACACCUGUUCUCAAAGGCCAGCAACUAUUUCUGCUGUGUGCAUAGAUGCAAAGGCAAGAGCUACACAGCACAGCCCUGUUUUCCCCACCCCACCCCACCCCCAAUGUGUUGGUUUAACUUGUAAGUAGAACUUCGAGGUAGGCCUUUUCUAGUCCUAGAUUUUAGGUAUUCAGUCACCCCAUGUGCACAGAGGGAGUUGAGAUGGUAGCCUGGCCAGCUAGCUUGCUGCAUUCUAAUUGCUGUUGAUUGACAAAAUAUGCCUCCAGUUUUUGUGGUCCAUUUCCUUCCUGUGCAUUAGAAUUGUUGAUGUUGCAAUGUUUCUUUUAUAUAUAUAUGCAAAAUUCAACUAUUUCCAUGCGUGACAAUCAAUUCUGCUCAGACCUGUCUUCCCUCAUGCCCCACCCCACUGCCUCUCUUCAAGGAUGUUGGAAGGAUAAAGAACAGUUCAAAUGCUUAACGAUGGCCAAGAGAAAUGAUUGAUUGUCUUAUUCUACUACCCUUCUAAAUGGAAUUAUUUAAUAAUGGAAAAGUAUGGACUUGACAAGUUCCUCAUAGGAAGUUUAUGACCCCCCCUCCCUCCCUCCCUCCCUCCCUUUCUGUCUUCACUUGUUCUACCAUGACUGUUCAUCAUCAUUUUUUGAAAUUUAUUUAGAUUUAUAACCUGGUACAUAAUACCAAAGGGAACUAUCCAGAACCUGUGUUUAUGCCCUAAAGGCCUAUUCCUAAAUGGGAGUGUAAGAACAUGCACGUCCUAUCCGCUGAAAUAUCAGUGCAACAACCAUCUCCUACUCCUUAUUUCUGCAGAUUCAGGGGGCUUCCCAGUUGCAUGAAACAUAAAUAUUUGGGGAAGUCAACCUCUACGUUUUCUCGAGGCCUGCCAUGGUGCAUUCAAGUACCGUAAAGCAGUCACAGUUCUGUGGUGGGCAGUAUGUAACCCAGCUGAAAAGAAGGGCUAAUGUAAUGUACUAGGGGUCUCCUCGCCCCUGUCCCUGCGUGAACCCUGCACUGUUCCCAAAUCUGCUCUGGAGAGUUUGGUGAACCCCCAGAAGAGAUGUUGGGGGGCAUGUGGCAGGAUGAGAGGUGGGGAUUGUUCCAUUCUGCAAAGAGAUCUCCUGCUGGGGACAAAAUGAGCUGCAUAGCACUGUGUUGAAUAUAACCCUAAAUGUUUGACGAUGCGCAAAGUAUAGAAGAGAUGUAUUAUUUCUUAUUUCAAAUUGUUUUCUUAACAUUCCAAGGAGGUUGACUGUCUAAAUACAUCAAGUUAAAAAAGCAUUAAUAAACAACAAGAACAUGACAAGGAAGCAGAACAAAGUAGCCCUUAAAAUGAGACCAUUCAAUAGGCAGGUUUGGGACGAGCUAAGCCUCCCUGGAAUCAGCUGGACCCCGAGCCAGUCCCACUACUGCCAUGCCCCCCUCCACCUUGAAGCCCCAGCUGCCAUGCUCUGCUGCUCCUCAAAGUCCUGCCACUCAGUGGCCAGAGUCUGGAUCAUUCACUAAACUCUCUGUCAUGCCAGUUCUGAAAUUCAGAUCCUGAUGCCAUGCAAGGUAUCAAUUCCUGCCAUAGUGAAUAGUGCAAUGGCAGCACCCCAUGAAAUCUGAGGAUGGACAUCGACAUGUCCCAGGAAAAAUUAAAUUUCUCGUCAUUGUAGUUUUCCAAACUGCAGGGAAGGAGGCGUGUGUACUCUGAGCUGGGAUAGAUUUCUAGUUUUAAAAGUGCAAAGUAACUCAAUUGCAAUAUACUAUGUAGAGCUAUGAGAUAAGCCUUACAACAAAAAGGAGAUGCCAGAACAGGAGUUGGCAAGGUUUACCUCGCCUGGGCCGGUUUACUCCCGCGGAGAUUGCUCAGUGGGCCAGUUAACGUCUGUGCAGAUGCAAUUCCCAGUGUCUGCAUCUGUCCAGAUGCGAUUUCCGGCGCCAUGGAAGCGAGUCCCCGCUCCACUCUGCACCGGUUUAGCACAGCAUGUAGGGACUCACCGAGUGGGUGGCUCGGUUCUGGGGUGGCUCGUGGGCCGUUUAAACGACCCUUGUGCUAGAAACUCCUUUUGAAAGCCUACAUGAAGAUUUAGAUCAAAUUAGAUGGUAAAGCACUCUGCUUAAUAGCGUUUUGUGAAGCCCUGCAGUAUUCUUUUUAACGGCCUUCAACCUAUUUCAUGACAAAAUAUACCAUAUUUUUCUGUGUAUAAGACGACCCCUAUUUUUUUUAACCCAAAUUUAAGAAAUUAAGUUGCUUAGCUUUUUUUGGGGGGGGGGUCACUUCCGCCAGUCCCUCACCCACCUGCCCACCACUGUCGAUCGCUUGCCACAGCCAAUCGCACACGUCUCCGCAGCCGCCAAUUGUCUGCCCGCUCACCGCCACCAACAGCCCACUGCCCACUUGCCACUGCUGCCAAUCACCACAGCCACAGCCAAUCGCCAGCAGGCCUUGCUGCAGCCGCCAAUCACACGCCCAGUCGCCGUUGCCAAUCUCCCGCUUGCUGCUGCCAUUAAUCGCACGUCCCCCCUCUGCAUUCACUAUCUGUGUAUAAGACAACACCCAAUUUUUGCCCCCCCCUUUUUAAGCAAAAAGCGCCGUCUUAUACAGGGAAAAAUACGGUAUCUGCUUUCACUUAUUUCACUUCCAGUUCUAAAAUCAUGUGUGGGUGGAAAGAGAAGAGUUGUGUUGUGAAGUGAAGAGACUGGGGCUUGUUUAUUUGUAUAGUGCGGAUCUUUUCUUAGCUCUUUGCGUGUUGUCGAAAUGAAGUGCUUGGAUUUCCUGUGGAUUUCUGCUACUGACACAUUGCUUUAAAUGAACAAAUUUACUUUCAAUCAAAACUCUGAACGUUCAUUCGGUAGCAACUUAAAGGUUUCCCUCGUCUUGUGAAAACAGCUUUAAUGGAAUCCACUCUAGCAUAAAGGUCACCUUCUUUUUAAUGACUUGCUUUUUACUUUCAUACCCUUGGCAAUUGAUAGAGAUUGCGCAGUAUGAGACGCUGAAUGUCUUCAGGUAUUGGAUUUUUAAACAUAUGUGCUUUUGAAAGGAAAUGUAUAUUUUUCCCUGGGUGAGGCGGACAGUGGCCAUAAAUUACUGCCUGUUGACCACUCAGGGAUGAUGGUCUGUAAGUGCAUUGCCGUGUGUGUCAUCAUGGAUAAGUUUUUUGUUUGUUGCAGUAUAACUGUGUGAUGAAAUGAUGGCAUUCAACAGCACAAAAAUUAUACAGCCUGCUGUGAUGUUCAGUCUUAUAUCCUGAUCUUUCCUGGUCGGUCCAUAAGCAGCAGAGAACCCAGGGAGUGGAGUGAGAGUCUUGACAGGUUUGUGACAGGAGUUGGUUGCGCAAGGCCUUCAGGAGGGUUAAUUCAGAUACAGAAGCAGGAAGGGUUUGUAGAUAAAGGCAUCUGUCACUCAGCCCAACAUUGGUGAGAGAGUCCUUAAAAAUGGACUGUGAUAUACAACCUUUGUCCUUCCCAUCAGGGAUUCAUCAGGUCCCUUACUGACCACCAGCCUGGCAACUUUACUCUUGAGGAGACCAGAAUGUCUUGCUGUAAGUAGUAAGUUAAGGUUCAGAGAGGUUUCGGCCACAAAGCUCCAUUUAGUUUCAACCUCUUUUUUUCCGUUUGCCUUCUUCCUUUCCUUCUAUCCUUAAUAAAACCAUUCAUUCAUUCUCUUUACUGAGUUUACAUUUAUCUUUACAUUUAUCAAAAGAGAAAGAAACACACAAUUUGCUCUCAAUGUAUUUCCAAACCAGUUUUCUCUCCCCGCCCCCUCCAACCUUAAGAGUCAGCUGGACUCAUCCAACUUUCUGUGAUACUUUACUUCAUUAAGGAACAACUCAUAAUUUGUAAUGGUAAUAUUGCUGAUCAAUGGCAGAGAAAGACAAACAUAGGAGACUGCAGCCUUGAGAGGCAGAAGGAGCAGGUAAAUUGCUUGGAGCAGAUGACUUAUGUCCCCUCCAAGAAACAAAAAUGAUGAAGACAAGAUCCCAGACCACAUUGCAGCAAUAACUUAAUUAUAAAAACAAUUGUAACUAUAAAGCAAAAAUGUGCAAAACAUUCCGUGUCUAAAAACAGUUAAAUUUGGUUCCAGUGCAGUAUUUCCACAGUAUUUUGCAAAUCUCAGCAAAAAUGGGUGUAGUAAAGAGCCCAACUAUCAUUACUGGUAAUUGUAUUAAGAUCUUCAGGUAUGCAGUAUUUUGGUAUUUUUUAAGAAGCCUUUCAAAUGUGGAGCAAUUUGUUUUCAAAGGUUGCUUCCAUCAGAAAUCUCAAAAGAAUCUACAGUUUGUGAUAGAAAAGCUUUUAAACAAACUAGGAGACACAGCUUCCUUGAGGAAUCUGAAAUCCAGUUCAUGUUGGCUCCACAUUCCAUCAUACAUAGACUGUGAGAAAGCCAGUGUGAAUGGACUUGUGGGUAGGGUGUCUGAGGUAGGUCUAGAGUGAAAGUCCUACCAGUUACAAGGGAGAAGGAAGGGAAUGUACCUCUGCCUAAAGUUUUGCUCAGUUGGAUCGGGGAACUUUGCUAAUAUGAACUUAGAUGAGCUUGGGAAAUGCAUAGCUUUCUUGCCCCUGAGAGUCAGCUGUUUCCCUGGACUGUGAUUUGUGUGCUUGUAAAAAUCAGCCUUCGGAGGCUUUUUAUAUAAGCCGUAAUUAGGAUUCAGAACUUGUAUGUGCAGCAGGGAACACUUUUUCGGGAGGGAGGGAAUUAUUAUCUGUAGGUUCUUCAUUGUACAUGCAGAUAUUGGCUUGAAACUUAACCAUUUUGGCUCUGCUCUAGUUAUAUGUUUUAAAUAGACCCUCCUAGGUUAAAGGAUCUGCCAUAAACCGUGACCAUCAUAUGCGGCACUGUAUUUUGCUUAGAAACGGCACCAUUUUGUCUUGAAUAGCAUUCUUCCUUGUGUCUUUUGUAAUAUUUUAGCUGUUUCUUUUUAAGCUUACUCCAAAUCUCUGCCUUCUUUCAUGGCAGAACAAACAUUCCUCUCUCUGUGUCACCUUUAUUGUUUAUAUUAGUUUUAGAAGUUUUGGCACAAGGAAUAAGAUGCAAUCAAGAGAUUAAUGGAAUAAGGGUGGGACAGAGACAAUACAAAUUAAAAGCAUUUGAAGAUGACUUGGUGAUCUCUGUAGAAGAACCAAUAGAGUCAGUUCCGAAAUUUGUUUGGAGAAAUAGCAGGUCUUAAAAUUAAUAAAGAUAAAACCAAGCUCCUGGUAAAAAACAUGAAUGAUGAGAGUAAAAAUCAAUUACAAAAUAUAUCAGUUCUAAAGAUUGGAAAGAAGGUUAAGUAUUUAGGUGUAUGAUUAAUAGCAAAGAAUAUGAAUUUAUAUAAAGAUAAUUAUUUGAAAACCUGGGAUUAUUAAAAGAAAUUUGCAAAUGUGGCGUAGAAUGAAACUUUCGUUGCUGGGCAGAGUGUCGACCAUAAAGAUGAAUGUAUUAUCAUGAAUGUUAUUUUUGUUUCAAGCAAUACCAGUGAUCUGCAAGACAGAUUGCUUCAACAAAUGGCAAAAAGAUAUUUCUAAAUACCGUAUUUUUCGUUCUAUAAGACGCACUAGACCACAAGAUGCACCUAGUUUUUGGAGGAGGAAAACAAGGGGGAAAAAUAUUCUGAAUCUCAGAAGCCAGAACAGCAAGAGGGAUCGCUGCGCAGCGAAAGCAGCAAUCCCUCUUGCUGUUCUGGCUUCUGUGAUAGCUGCGCAGCCUGCAUUCGCUCCAUAAGACGCAUCUCCAUAAGAAGAUCACAGAGAUCUUCUGAGGGGGCACUUUUGGUGGUUUUCCCCGAGCCCUAAGGUUGGGUUGGCCUUCGCUAACCACCAAAUAGUGGUUCAGUGGGAACUAUGUCUCCCUUCUUUCAGAUGUCUUUUGAAAACUAUAAUGUUUAGACAAGCCUCUGCAAUACUAAUUUUCUCUUCUUAAACCAUCAGCAUAUAUCAAUGUUUUAUUGAUGUUUCUAACGAUGCUUUUAUGGGUGCUUUUUAGUGAUCUUAUUUUUGUACGUUGUAUACUGCUUUGAUGUAUUUUUUAUGGAAGUGUGGAUUAUAAAUCUGCAAAUAAAUAAAUAAAUCUGUUAGGAAUGAAAACAGGAUUGGUUGUGUGAGUAUGCCUUGAGCAUUGGGAGUUGUAGCUCAAUGACACCUGGAGACCCAAGGUUAGGAGAAGCUGGUCUAGAUGAUAAAGAUGUCUACAACUUGUCCUUUAAGUGGUUGUGUCAAUUUAUUGCCAUGGGUCAGCUUUUAUUGUUUAGAGCCUCAUGAAAGGGAGGGACUAGGAAACCCGCAUUUAAUUGAUGUUAUCAGGCAUAUGAAGGGCAGUGAUUAAUAAUGCAUGGUCCUGCUUUUGUAUGUAGAAAGUACAUCAAUAAAGUAAAUUGUAUGAAAAAGUGUGACCUUUUUCAGGAUCAAGGGGAGAGCCCGAUGAAUAAUUCAAAGUGCAUCUCAACCUGGAAGGUGUAAACCUGAUAGUUCUGAUAAUGCGGUAGUGAAUUAGCUGUAUAAGUUUGCACUUAACCGCUGUUGUCAGGGUGUUCUCGAAACCAAGAGAUAAUUGGAACAUUAUGGAAAAUCAAGUUGACGUUAAAUAAGUCUGAAAAGAAACUAUGUUGGCUUUUUAUAAAUGUAUUUAGCCAACCGGCCCGUCGUUUUUUUUUUAAGCCUGGAAUCUCAUUACCUUUUAUAAUUUAGGGGUGAUCAAUGUGUACAUUAAAGCGUCCGGUGCAUUUUGUACUGGCAUAGCUAGUAAAAAAAUCUAUACUGCAGAUGUAAUGGGGGAAAGUCACUAUGUAAGUCACAGAGGUGAAUGGAAAGGGUGACAGGGCAAGUGGCAGAAGUUCACCUCUAACUUUCUUGCACAUCUUGUAGGAGCUGACCCAGGUCAAAAAUCUGGCGCCCUCCAAAUGUUUUAGAAUAUAACUCCAAUCAACCCCAGCCACCAUUACCAAUAGUCAGGGAUGAUGGGAGUUGCAGCCAAAAGCAUCUAGAGGGCACCAGAUUCUGUAAGUUGGUUUAGCACUGCCUGUAUAAGUUAGAGUACAGUGGUACCUCGGGUUAAGAACUUAAUUCGUUCUGGAGGUCUGUUCUUAACCUGAAACUGUUCUUAACCUGAGGUACCACUUUAGCUAAUAGGGCCUCGCGCUGUCGCCGUGCCACUGCCAUGUGAUUUCUGUUCUCAUCUUGAAGCAAAGUUCUUCACCUGAAGUACUAUUUCUGGGUUAGCGGAGUCUUUAACCUGUAGCAUCUGUAACCUGAGGUACCACUGUAUCCUGAGACGUGGGCUUGCAAACACCCCUCUCCCUCUUCCUUCUGCAGUAGUACGAGAGGAGGACUUAGGCACACAAUCCAGAGUUGUUCCAUGCAAACCAAAGAACAGGGUUUAGCACAAGCCAUCUUUAUCAUCUUUGUCUUGAAGAUUUGAAAUUAACCAGAGUUGGUUAUAAGCCACAAAAUCUGGUUUGUAGGAAACAAGCCAUGAUUUGGUGAAAGCAACACUAAAAACUGCUAGGAGGGAAAGGGAAGAGGGCACAGACUCAAGUUUUUCUGUAGCUUUUCCCAGUUCAUGCACACAACACUAAGCCAUGGUUUAGUGCUCUGUGUCAACUGGGCCGCUUUGGUGGGGUUUUUUUAGGUUGCAGGACUCUCCUGAAAAAUCAGCGGUUGUAAUAGAGAAUCUUUCUCUCUUCUCUGCUGCACUGAGCAGGCACUCAGCCAACCAGCCAGUCAGUCUGCAGACCUGCUUCCCACAGAGAGAAAAAAUGUCUCAUCAAGAAAGAAAAGCGUGCUUAAUCUGGUAAGGUCAGGAAGAGAAUGGAAGAGACAGGAUGAGAAAGAGGGAGGAGUAAAGUUUCAAAAAAUGUUUGGUGAAUGUAGAGAGGACAUCUGUCAUGGAUGCUUUAGUUGAGAUUCAUGCACUGCACGGGGUUGCAAUAGAUGACCCUCUACAAUUCUAUGAUUAUGUGAAAGUAGAAAUUUAUUUGGAAGUUCACAGAAUGCAUUCAUGCUGGCUGUUGUUAACACCACAUGAAGUGAUUGUAGCAUUUAACCUGAACAUGUUUGUGACCAUGUGUUGAUAUUAACGGCUGACAGACUGACAGCUGUGUCAAACAGCCCUUUCACAAAGGAGCAAUAAAACCCUUAAACAAAAAUGUAAGUCAUUAUGCAACACCUAAGCAGCCUUCAUUGUUACUUUUUGCCACUGUAACUUGACUAACUUGAUUAUUUAAAAUCCUUGUGUUGCUUUGUAAGCCUUCAACAAUAUGUGAAACUUUUAAAGUGUUUUUGGAACACAAGGGCCAUUGCUGGUUUCAUCAGCCACCCAUAUGUGAACAUGUGUGCAGUGAUCGUCUUUAACUGAAAGGGUUAAGGAAAGGUUAUGCAGUGCAAUGCUCAACAAUCAAAUACUUUUAAAAACAGCAGCAUGUUUCUUUAAUUUGUUAAUCCUAUCUGAGAAUUUAAUGAACCCCGCUCUCCAUGGUUAUGACAUGGAUAUAUGUGCACAUACCAGGAGGCAGGGAUUCUCUUAAGCUGGAUUUCUCAACCUCGGCCCUCCAGAUGUUUUUGGCCUACAACUCCCAUGAUCCUUAGCUCCAAAACAUCUGGAGGGCUGAGGUUGAGGAAGCUUGCUCUUAAGUCAAAUGUCACAUGUGAUGUUCAAUGCAUCAUGAGAAUCUGCUUUGGUGGGUGUGCAGGAGGGAUCACAUGUAAACCUUUGUAGCACUCAAAGCAGAUCUUUCUAUUAUCCUACCCAGUAGGGCAGGGACGCAGGUGGCGCUGUGGGUUAAACCACAGAGCCUAGGACUUGAUGAUCAGAAGGCCGGCGGUUUGAAUCCCCGCGACGGGGUGAGCUCCCGUUGCUCUGUCCCUGCUCCUGCCAAUCUAGCAGUUUGAAAACACAUCAAAGUGCAAGUAGAUAAAUAGGUACUGCUCCGGCAGGAAGGUAAACGGCGUUUCCGUGCGCUGCUCUGGUUCGCCAGAAGUGACUUAGUCAUGCUGGCCACAUGACCCAGAAGCUGUACCCAGAAGCUCCCUUGGCCAAUAAAGUGGGAUGAGCGCCACAACCCCAGAGUUGGUCACGACGGGACCUAAUGGUCAGGGGUCCCUUUACCUUUACCUUUACCCAGUAGGGCAGUUUUUCUACAGUGUAAUGGAAAGUUUUAUUGCAUGCUUAAACCGCAAUCCUGUGCAUAUCUACCCUUGGGAACAAAAUACGUGAACACCAUGGGACUGACUCUUCAGUAAGCAAGCAUAGAACUUGUAAGUUUUAAAAGCAGCUAUAACCUUGCACAUUUCAUCACCGUGACAAGGAAUGAUUUGGUCACAAUAAUAAAACUUUAAUUUUGGUUUCGAAGAGAGUUUCUGCUACAGUGAUAUGAGAGGCAGUUUUAAGAUUCUGAACUUGGGACAUGCCUGCAUUGGAUUUUUGUUCGGAAUUGCUACUAGGAUGCUAUCUUUAAGAGCAGCCUUCACCAUUCUGGCACUUCCAUCAUUCCUGUAGUCCUACAACAUCUAGAGGUUCCAGAUGAAGCCUUAGUGAAGGCUGUCUAAGAGGAUAUGCUUCAGACAAGAGAUGAUUUAUUUUCUCAAGUCCAUCUUAUCAAUGCUGCUUAAGGGGUUUUCGACACACGAGUUAGUGUGAACAUCCCUUUUGAAGAAAAAGGAUCUUGUCAUGUGAAAAAUGUGGACGACUCUUUGUGGGUCUGCCCUUGGUUCUAGUGCACUAUGCGUAAGUUUAUAAAUCUCUGUUGUGUCAGCCCUUGCCAUGUUACUAAACAUGGAAAAGUCCCAAAUGUGACCUUUUCUCCAUGGUAGGGUUGUUCAAUCCUUUUUCCAGGUGGACAAUUUCCAGAACUAUAUAUUGUUUCAAGUGUAGUUCCACCGUAGAUUAUACAAAACAGUGCACCGUGUUAUUGGCAAAUUUAUUUCUGAUCCCUUCCCCAAUGAUCCAAAGCAUGGAUCCUGGUUUGUCACCACCAGCUCAGACCCUUCAAUGUAUAGUGAAGGGAUUUAACUAGCAGAUAUGCCAAGGAAUCAAAUUUUCUGUAAAUAUCCGUUUUGCUCCAAAGUCAAGGAUUUUGUUUAUUUGUUCGAACCCCAGGGUGUGUCAUUGAACACUUGAUCACUUUAUAGAUUUCAUGGAGUCAUAGACUUGGAAGAGACCACAAGGGUCAUCUAGUCCAAACCCCUGCAAUGCAGGAAUCUUUUGCCCAAUGUGGGGCUCAAACUCUCAACCCUGAGAUUAAUAGUUUCAUGUUCUACCGCCAUUUUAUUAAGGGUGUGCUUAUUUUCAGUAAACACCCCCCAUGCAUGAAAUGGAGAGGAAAUUUCUUGUUAUUUUCUGCAUGGCUGUGCAUAUUUUGAAGAAAUCUUUGGGGUGGGAGGGAGUUGGCUUGUUUUUCUUUACAGCCAAGGUGUUCAAAGGUAGGACUUUUACCCAGUUUUUUUUUAAAUGCAACCACAGUCAGUUGCCAGUGAACCUCUCCACAUCUUUCUGUUCUCAGCUCCUUCUGGACUCAUUCCUCCUUCUGUGCCAGGUCACCCUGGAAACAACACUAGUGCUGAUCUGGCACAGGAAGGGCAAUGCGACUGGAAGAAAGUCAGAGGGCUGCAGUGAUGGAGAGACUUGCCAGCCACUGAUCACAACUAUUGAGACUUUAUUCUAAGGGGGGGGGGGGAGAGAAUUACCCUUAGUGUUCUCAUCUGUAAACCCAGCUCUAUCCCAAAAUUCUCUGAUUUCUCGCAUGCCUCCUAACCCUUUGGAGAUACUGUCUUUUUGUCACCGCUCACAAAUACUAUAAUUCAGUGAGACGGAAAAUACCUGCCUGGCGCUACAGUUGAUUGUCCUUUAACACAGUUUGGAGGGGUUCUUUGGGAGCACUUCAUAAUGUCCAUUUUGUUUGGGGUGUCACCCACAGACUUGACCAACUUAUUGCUCAGCCUUUGUUGUCCAAUGGUCUGUUCAUCUCCCUAGCUGGUUUUCUGCUUCUGGUUUAUAAUUUUAUUGCUGUUGUGUCUGUUUCUAAUGAUGUUCCCCAUACUCUACUCUGUGUGUGUGUGUUGUGUGUGUGUGUGCUCGUGCGCACUGAGAGAGUGAGAGGGAGGGAGGGUUUACAUUUGAGCAAAACUUCAUUCUGCUGAACGAAACUUUCUUGCCUCCAAUAGCUUCUUUGUGCUUUAUAACCACACUGGCAUUGGCUUUGGCUAGGUGCUACCUUUUCUAAUCUGUGGUAUAUAUUUUAGCUGAGUUUCUAUUGUGGUUUUAAAUAACCCUCAGUCUUUCCAUAGAGAUUUGCCUCUCCUGACUUUCCCUUUAAACUUGUUUUUUUGUACUAUUCCCAUCCAUCUUUUUUAGAAACUCUGUUUGGAAAUCAAAUGUGCUACUUUGGGCUACUUUCAGCAUUGCACUGAAGAAUAAAUAGAACAAUUAAUUUUGCUUCUCUGGCUGGACUCAUUAUCUGUAAGCCUACUUCAAGUGGACUCUGCUCUGCUCAGAUACCAGAAAGGAGCAACACUCUUCUGUGAAAUGGAGAAUCAAUCUGACACUGCAGGAAGAACUUGCUCUGCUCUGUAACACACUUAGCAUAAUUGUUAUUCCAGUGCUGCUUUUUAUCAUUGCACUUCUGAAAAAAAGAAAAUCUCCAGAAAUACAUGCAUUUGUUCUGUGCAUAGAAUUUGAUUUGACUGGAAGGCUAAUCAAUAAAGUUCUAUAUUUCAUUCUUUGUUCCAUGCAUUCAAAGUUACACUUACACAGACUUCCAAAGCUAUGGAUGGAGAUGGGAAGUUGGCAGAGAAAAAAGACACUUCUAGACUGCCCAUAUCUUGGAGGUGGGAUUCAGUCACAUACAGUAGUACCUCGGUUUAAGAACAAUCCUGUUUAUGAAUGAUUUGGUUUACGAACUCCAUAAAACCGGAAGUAGUGUUCCAGUUUGCGAACUUCACCUCAGUCUACAAAUGGAAACCAAACAGUGGAAGGGCACCAGUGGCGGGAGGCCUCAUUAGGGAACGCGCGCCUCGGUUUAAGAAUGAAUUUGGUUUAAGAACAGACUUCAGGAACGGAUUAAGUUCGUAAACCUAGUUACCACUGUAUUGGCAAAUUCAGGCUGCACACUUAAAACUGAUUUGGAGAUCUCGCACAAACUCACUUCACCAAAUGACCGGACUUCAUGCGAUAAGGAAAUUGACAGGAAAAUGCAGUGGGAAGUAUGGGAUAACACUUGCUUUGGUGCAAAUUCAUCUAUCCCUGCUGCCUGCCCACCCCCAAAUCAGCAUGAAUGCUCAGUACACAAGUUGUCUGGAAGCUCCCCAUAAGGGAAACUUGUAAUUUAACUGGGAGGGGGAAAUGUGAAACCAGCUUGAAAACAGUUCUGUCGCUGAUUCCCGUUAUGUUACUGGAUGGUUCCAAACCCUUCUUGAGUUCCAUCCUUUACUGUAUGCCUGUUUUAAAUCUCCUGUUGACACGUGCCCAUACUGUACAAUAUCAGUCUCACUUCAUCCAAGUAUUAAUCUCCUGGACUGAUCUCUUGAAUUAAUUCUCACAUUGAUGUAUCAUCUUUCUUUACAGUUGGGUAAAGACCAUAUUAUACAGAAUUAAGAUGGUAUUUUUGGCAGGAACGUUAAUGAAACUAAUUAGAUGGGCCGUGGGCCAAUUGUGCUUCUAAAAUAAAUGAGGUAUUCUAAUGCACUGGACUUGCAGAAUCUAUAUCAUCUUUUCUUUUCUAGCCACUCAUAUGCAUUGUACAUGAAAGGGAAUGAACCCUUUCCUGUGGUGGCAAGAAUUUUCUGACUGACUAUACUAUUAUCAGAGUUUAGGGUAUAUUCCAGCAAGUUAGAGUGCAAAGCAGAGUCAGUGAGGGGUGUGAUUUGGUCAGGAUAUUGACUGCAGGAAAAGUCCCAAGGGCAACAUGUCAAGCAAAAAUCUUAAAGGAAGAUCUCCAUGCAAUGGUUCUUGUACUUAUUUCCAUGACAAUUUAUGGCAAAACAUGCAGUAAAUAUUAAACUGAAAUAAAUCAUCAUGUGGAUUUGGGGCCCCCAAAUCUGCCUAGCCUCCUUGACCCAGGGGCUCCUUCAUGAGAGCCCGUGUUUAUUUAGAUAUAUUUGCCAGACAUCCAGAUAUGUCCUAAAAGUAAAUGGCAACGUGCGACCUCUACUGAAUGGUUUCACUUGCAGGCUUAUUUUACCAUAGGAUAAAUUUGUUCCCUGGAUGACACUACUGAUCCAGAUGAUAUUUGUGUGUGAAAUUGUGCUUCCUGACCUAGACAGACUCCUAUUAGCUUGUGCAGGAGUUCUCUGAUGAAUGUAAUCAUGAGACAUCUUCUUGGUCAAAGUAUGUCACUUGGGCACUCUCUCUUUUGUCCUAUUUGAGAGCACAGGGUGUGAAUCAGGGGUGAAUCUGGAUGUCAAGAUUUGGCUGAAGGAAUACCAUGGUACCAUCCUAUACUUUCUGGCUUUCUUGCGACAUGAAGUUUCAUAGGCAGAAUCCUAUUUCUUCAGAUGCAUUGUUGAAAUGCCAGCCAUUUUUCUUUACGCUAAUUAAAUUGAAUAAGGGAAGGUGAGAAAAAGUAAAAAAUCAUUUCUCCUAAAAAAACAACUUCUGAAGUCACUAAAAAAAAUUUUUUUAUCGUUCUUAGCUGAUAACAGAUAAUUGUGCCAUCUGUUGCCCAUAGGUUUGGGGAUUUUGUUUGUUUUUUAAAAAAGACGACGACAUAAUGGUUUCCAGCUGCUCAUAUGUGGAUAAAUUGGAGGGGAAAGUAUGUACCUGGUGAAGAGAGGUGUGUGUGUGUGUGUGUGUGAGAGAGAGAGAGAGAGAGAGAGAGAGAGAGAGCAGAAGCUCAUAUUUCACUGUUUGAUGGGUUACAUCUGGGCUCUUGUUAUUCAAAAAGCAGAAUUGAAGGACUCAUGAUUCUGUAUGAAAACACUCAACUUUAAAAAAACUUUAAAAGAACUUAAAAUAUUUUCAAUCCUGCAUUUUCCUUUUUUAAAUUGUGCAAUGUGUGUAAUUAGUACAAUUGCACAAAUUAUGUUUUCAGUCUUCUUUAAAAAACAACAACACAUACUUUGAAACCAAGAAUGGCAUGAGUUUGCAUUUAUAUUGUGCAUAUUCUUUAUUUUUCACCACACACAAAAUCUGCCCCAUCAUUUUAGGUAUUAUCUGGUUGUGUUUUCCUAACAGUAAACAGAGAGUAUCUUUGGAGUAUCCUUACCUUAUUAAAUGGCAAACACACUGACAAUGCUUUUUAUCAUUUCCAUAAGAGCAAUUGGUACAGAAUUUAUGUUAGAAUUUUUGGUACACCAGAGAUUUGGAUCAAGUCAUGAGUCUCCUUCUCCUCUAGUUUUUUGGGUUGUAAUAGCCUUGACCAACUUUUUACCCUCCAAGGUACCAUGUUUUGGACUACAACGGGUGUGUGUGAGAUUGUAGUUGUAGUCUAAAACACCUGGAAGGUACCGCCUGCUGUUGAAAUGACAGUGGUAUGCAAUUGUACAGCAAGCAUUUUUUGAAGAUUCCUGUUUGACUCAUGCUAAGACAAGUGAUAGAAAUGGAAGACCAACUUUGAGCUUUGAGAUUACCAGAUAUUCAGCUCUUUUAGUAACCAAAGUCUAACUAAGGAAAAGACCAGUGCCGGGUGGUGGUGGUUAAAAAAAGGGGGGAUUAAAAUGGGAGAGCAAUCUAGAUGGAGGAUGAUCAUUCAUGAGUUCGGGUCAUGACCAGGAAUUAAUUUGAUAUGGCGGAAAACUGAAAGCUGAUGGAGGGAUUACAAAGAAAUGUGGCUAGCGAGCUAGUAGCAUUUCAGGUUGAUUCAGAAGGGGGGUGGAUAGGAAAAGUAAACAUAGCAAAUGCAUGAACGAAAGGUCUUUCCCUUUUUUUAAAUGGAGAAACAGCUAGUGUAGAUUUACCUGUACUUAAAGAAUAGAAAAAGUUCAGAAUUUUAAAAAAGUUUUAUUUCCUGUUUAGGGGGUUAGUAUUGACAGGUAGUCUUAAAAGACAUAACUCUGCCACAGGUUUUAGUGAAAUAUUUGAAAAUCCUGUGCCUUAGCUGAGCUGUCUGAUCCCAGAUGCACAGGUUGCAUUCAGUGGAGUUUAGGCUGUUUUCUUUUCAGUUUUAUUAUUAGCUUUUGCCUUUAUUUAUUGCUUCUCACAGCCAAAAGGAGACCCAAAGCGAUUUGCAAGUAAAGUAAAAUUCAAAAUUACGGAAUAAAAUAUUCAUGAAACAAUAUGUUGAAAAGCAGCUAUCCACUAUAUUCAGUCGUCCCCCCUCCGGAAAAACAACAACAUGAAAGAGGGUAUCUCUGUGAGAAAUGUAUAAUUCUGUGUACAUCUGCUCAAAACAAUUAAAUAACUCACAGCCAUUACAUGGCUAUAGAAAUGCUUUCAUCUUGUCCAUUCCCCCAACCCCCCAGCCCCCCCCAUGUGUUUAACUGCCAACAAUAUCAAUCAUCCCAUUAAAACUGUGAACCUAAUUAUUGCCAAUACAGUAACGUACGUGUGUGUGUGUGUGUGUGUGUGUGUGUGUGUGUUUUUCUUAAGAAUGAAGCGGGGGUGGGGUGAGGAAGAAAACAUUUUAAAAUAUCUACUUAGAAAACAGUGUUUGAAGGUUGAAAGCUAGCAGCUGCUGCAAUAAUUCACUGAUUCCCUCACCCUCCCAUUUUUAGCAUUUGCUUAUAUUUUUGUUUCUGGAAGGCCUUUGUUGAACAUCAAAUUGCUUUUGCUUACAUGUGUUUGCUAGUCUUUGAGAAAUGGUGGUUUCCUAGCAUUCUGAGACCACCAGGAAUUUUGACCACUCUGCAUCUUUAAUCAUGGUUUCAGCGUUGCCACUGAGUCCAAGAUUUCUGGGGCAGCAAUCAGCAAAGGGUUGUUACAGAUGUAAGUUCUGAUUUAGUAGCUCCAGUGAAAGGGAAAGACCUUUGUGUGGACAUUUUAAGUGUAUAGUUGUCCCAGUGUGCUUGGACUUGUAGAGUGUCUGACAGAGCUAUGGUCAUAGUUCCCCCCGUCACCCAAGAUAGUGAAAUUAUACUAAAGCUUUCCUACAUGUUAUCUUCCCUUUUAAGUGUAAUUGAAUCUGUUUUCUUUAAUGUCCCAUUGCAUGCCCAUUAAAUGACCAUGGUUGGGUGUGAAUAUUAUAUUGUAUGUAUUUGCAUAAAGCUGUUAAAUGCAAACUGGCUUUCUAGUGAAAUUAACAAAGCUUGUUUAUUACCAUGGAAGAAGAAAGGGAAUCCCCUAGUUCUGUUUACUCCCAACUCCUAGAAAGAAAAGACAUGUUCUCAAAGGUUUCCUUUCGAAUAGCGUUUCUCUAGCUUGGGUCUCCAGCAGUUUUGGACUACAACUCCCAUCAUCCCUAGCAAGCAGAACAAUUGGUCAGGGCUGAUGGGAGUUGUAGUCCAACAACAGUUAGAGACCCUAGUUUUAGAAGCACUGCCUUAGAACAAGGAUAGCCAACAUUCUUUUCUCUUCCUUAGCAAUUAAAUGAAAUAAUGGUGUGCCUUUAACCCAGCUGUGAAGAGUAUCAUGUUCUAAAUCUAAUUAAAGGAUCUUGAGUUUCUGUGAAAACCCUUCUGAUAGUGGACCUGUUGAGUCAUUAUUUUAGAAUCUGAACUUCCAAAUAUGUGCAGUUAUAUGUAUGGUGAAACAAAUAGCAAAUGUACCACCAGUGCUGCUUUGUAUCAUGUUGACUGAGGUAUAUAUUGCUGUUCUACUGCUAAGGAAGCUUUUACUGUGCUGGCUGAGACUGUUGGGAGUUGUAGACCCCAACAAAUGAAGGAAGAAGAGGAGUUUGGAUUUGAUAUCCCGCUUUAUCACUACCCUAAGGAGUCUCAAAGCGGCUAACAUUCUCCUUUCCCUUCCUCCCCCACAACAAACACUCUGUGAGGUGAGGGAGGCUGAGAGACUUCAGAGAAGUGUGACAGAGGAGCAGGGAAUCGAACCCAGUUCACCAGAUUACGAGACUACCACCCCUAACCACUACACCACACUUCAUGAAGGCUGUGCUAAAGUAUAGCUUUGCAUUAAAUUCAAGUGUUCCAUGCAUGUUUUGAAGGUCUGCACUGAAUAUUCCACUGAAAUGUUAGUUGAUUAACUUCUUCAUUUUGAGUCGGGAAAGCUAUUAUAAAAAAGAUGAGUGCAAUUAAUGACGAAAAGAGAAGGGGGAAAAUACAUUGAUACUGUAUCUUCUGUUUCAUUUUUCAGCGGAACCCCUGCCUCUCAUGGACCUGUGCCGAAGAUCAAUCCGCUUUGCUCUGGGCAGAGAACGCCUGCAUGAUAUAGAAACUCUACCUUUGCCUCAGUCUUUGAAAAAUUAUUUACAAUAUCAGUAAUACGAAUUCUAGACCUCUAAAUGGUAGAAAUUGUUUACAUCAGAAUAUAAAUCUUCGUGGUGGAUAUUUUGAGUGUUAUUUAAUUAUUAUUUUUAAACGUUUCUUUUUUUUUUUUUUAAUCAACCGUGGCAGAACAUUUUGGAGACUACUAAGGAAUGUGAAAACUCUUUGAGUUGGUUUAGAUCUUUCAGUGAAAUUAUUGUUGCCUACACUGUUAGCAGCCUUGUUACGCAGAAUCCAAAGCUUGCUUGUCUUCACAGGUCACAUCCAAAGAGAUGCUCUGUAUGUUGACUUAGGUCUGGCGCUGGCUAUGCAGCAGAUGAAGAUCUAAUCCCCAAAAGCAGCCCUAGAGCAAAGGGGGCUAGAAACUCCCUUUGUACAGAUUAAACGUGUGCUACCAAAAAACCCCCCAAUAACCUGUUUGGAGGUUUCUGAAAACCAGAAUAACAACGUCACAGAGAUUUAACUCGUAAGAUAUGCCAAGGAAUCACAUUUUCUGUAGACAUCUGUUUUGAUCCAAAGUAAGUUCCUUACACAUAGAGGUUGCCUCUUCUCAUUUGUGAAGGAAAGUGCUCUGGACUACACACUAGAUUCCCACAAACUCUGUAGAAGGGAGUUAGGAAUCUUUGUGCGCACGGAGCAUACGAGCUGCAUUGGAACUGCUAGAUUGUGGCCUUUACUUUUAGGUGCUCUGCCUUUUCAGAAAAACAUGCUCUUGGUACCCAACCCACCAUAUUUUAAAUUAUGUCAUAAAACAGCUGUGUCUUGGUUUUAAAGGUAGUUGAUCUUUUCUGAAGAAAAUCUGCUCAAUCUGAAAAUCAGUUAAGCUAGCACAUUUCAGCUGGUUUUCGUUCUGUUGCUUCAGUAGGGCGGAAUUUCCUCAAAUCGGUGUUUUCUAGCUUAACUUGGUUGCCGAUUGGGCUGACAAUUCAGUGUUUUCAACAGCAACCCCCUCCCUCGGCUUUCAAAAUAUGUCACUUUUUAAGUUGGGUUUUUAAAAAUCAUUUGUACUUCAUGAAUUCCAAAUACUGGGUUUUCUUUUAAUAUGUAUUUGACACAGUAUUUUGCAUAUCUGUUCAACGCUCUGUACAGAGUAUCCAAUUUUAAGUUGUCUCCCCAGAGGAUGGCUUUUUUGUCAUCUUCUCCACUGCUUGCAAUAUGUAUUCAUUUGUCAGGAUCAACUUAUUUUUUUAAAGACACUGCUUUCUUUUUUGCAUUUCCUACUUUGUUCAAAGUUCUCUGCCUGAUCAGUUAUCUAGUUUAUAACUGGAAGUUGUUGUAAAGGCAGGUUGGCGAAUGUUCAGACUGAGCUGCCUUCAGCAUAUUUUAAUGUGAAUUUACCGAAGAAUGAAGAAAAAAGUUUCUAAUAAAGUCUACUGUCCAAAUUGC